AUGGAGGGAGUCGCAGCGCGAGUCGGCCUCCUUGGACUGCUUCUGGCCUGUGUUACCACGGCACCGACCAAUAAGGUAGGGUCACGUACAAGUCACGAGGGGUGGGCACUCCGUCAGGGAUGAUAUUUUGUUGAUCAGCCUACAUGUGAUUGUGACUGCGUGUUCUUAUGUGGUUACAUCAGUUCAGAUGUGUCUUUUGACCACAGUUUUGGGUGCGCAGAGAGCACAAAAUAUAAAUAUUCAAGAUCACCUCAUAUUUUAUGGGUUAGAUUGAGCUAGACUGUGUUAGACUGAGACAAGUGUCGUAAAAUUGUUGUGAAAAUUACCACCAGGGACACCUGAAGACAAUAUUAAUUGAAUCAUUCUUUAUUAUCGGCAAGCAGGAGAGGUUCCAACAAACGUAAUGCAUCAUAGUACACGUUGGUCGGGAGCUCCACCGGGGCAGUCCCAUUAGUUAUCUUAUGUACUGCUUACAAGUGGUGGAAAAAGUACCCAAUUGUCAUACUUGAGUAAAAGUAAAGGUACCUUAAUAGAAAAUCACUCAGGUAAAAGUGUAAGUCCCCAAGUAAAAUACUACUUGAGUAAGAAUCUAAAAGUAUUUGGUUUUAAAUAUACUUACAGUGAGGGAAAAAAGUAUUUGAUCCCCUGCUGAUUUUGUACGUUUGCCCACUGACAAAGAAAUGAUCAGUCUAUGAUUUUAAUGGUAGGUUUAUUUGAACAGUUAGAGACAGAAUAACAACAAAAAAAUCCAGAGAAACGCAUGUCAAAAAUUUUAUAAAUUGAUUUGCAUUUUAAUGAGGGAAAUAAUUAUUUGACACCCUCUCAAUCAGAAAGAUUUCUGGCUCCCAGGUGUAUUUUAUACAGGUAACGAGAUUAGGAGCACACUCUUAAAGGGAGUGCUCCUAAUCUCAGCUUGUUACCUGUAUAAAAGACACCUGUCCACAGAAGCAAUCAAUCAAUCAGAUUCCAAACUCUCCACCAUGGCCAAGACCAAAGAGCUCUUCAAGGAUGUCAGGGACAAGAUUGUAGACCUACACAAGGCUGGAAUGGGCUACAAGACCAUCGCCAAGCAGCUUGGUUAGUAGGCCUGGGGCUCCAUGCAAGACCUCACCUCGUGGAGUUGCAAUGAUCAUGAGAACGGUGAGGAAUCAGCCCAGAACUACACGGGAGGAUCUUGUCAAUGAUUUCAAGGCAGCUGGGACCAUAGUCACCAAGAAAACAAUUGGUAACACACUACGCCGUGAAGGACUGAAAUCCUGCAGCGCCCGCAAGGUCCCCCUGCUCAAGAAAGCACUUAUACAGGCCCGUCUGAAGUUUGCCAAUGAACAUCUGAAUGAUUCAGAGGAGAACUGGGUGGAAGUGUUGUGGUCAGAUGAGACCAAAAUCGAGGUCUUUGGCAUCAACUCAACUCGCCGUCUUUGGAGGAGGAGGAAUGCUGCCUAUGACCCCAAGAACACCAUCCCCACCGUCAAACAUGGAGGUGGAAACAUUAUGCUUUGGGGGUGUUUUUCUGCUAAGGGGACAGGACAACUUCACCGCAUCAAAGGGACGAUGGACGGGGCCAUGUACCGUCAAAUCUUGGGUGAGAACCUCCUUCCCUCAGCCAGGGCAUUGAAAAUGGGUUGUGGAUGGGUAUUCCAGCAUGACAAUAAACCAAAACACACGGCCAAGGCAACAAAGGAGUGGCUCAAGAAGAAGCACAUUAAGGUCCUGGAGUGGCCUAGCCAGUCAUGUUUUGCAGAGGGGUCAAAUACUUAUUUCCCUCAUUAAAAUGCAAAUCAAUUUAUAACAUUUUUGACAUGCGUUUUUCUGGAUUUUGUUGUUGUUAUUCUGUCUCUCACUGUUCAAAUAAACCUACAAUUAAAAUUAUAGACUGAUCAUGUCUUUGUCAGUGGGCAAACUUACAAAAUCAGCAGGGGAUCAAAUGCUUUUUUCCGUCACUGUAAGUAUCAAAGUACAUGUAAUUGCUAAAAUAGACAGCACCAUUUUCUUUUUUUAAAUUUAUGGAUAGCCAGGGGCACACUCCAACACUCAGACAUUCUUUACAAACAAAGCAUUUGUGUUUAGUGAGUCCGCCAGGUCAGAGGCAGCAGAGAUAACCAGGGAUGUUCUCUUGAUAAGUGUGUGAAUUGGACCAUUUUCCUGUCAUGCUAAGCAUUCAAAAUGUAAGGAGAACUUUUGGGUAACAGGGAAAAUGUAUGGAGUAAAAAAUACAUUAUGUUCUUUAGGAAUGUAGUGAAGUAAAAGUAAAAGUAGUCAAAAAUAUAAAUAGUAAAGUACAGAUACCCCAAAAAACUACUUAAGUAGUACUUUAAAGUGUUUUUACUUAAGUACUUUACACCACUGCUGCUUACACAGACAAUUUAUAUUUGCAUGAUUUAGCUUAUUCAUUAUUCAUAAUGAAUUCAUCAUUAAAGUUUGGUUCAUGCAUGUGACCGACCAAUACCUCACGAGGCUUCUUCUCUCCAAGCUGAGACCUUGAAACUGAGACACCCCUUUCGGUUCUCAAAACAAUGUUCUGGGAGUACUGCCAAAUUCCUUAUACUGAUAGUAAGGAUUCCUCCCAGCAUGAUCAAGCAGUCACUUGCAUGAACCCAGUCGAAUUGGUUAUUAGAAAAGCACAAACAUAAAAUGUUCCUUCACAUUCCCUCCUCUUAUCACUCUGUGAUAAUUAGUGUAACAUUGUAAGGUAAGCAUUAGAUUAUAGCUUCUAUCAAAAGGAGGUUCUAUACUUCUAUUAAUGUAAGCAAAAUCAACACAUAAAAUCAGACACUUCCUCCUUUCAAACCCUUCACUCUGGGUUGUAAAAUCCAAAAUACACACAAGGGAUCUGUAUACUUGUUUCCAUAGUUCUUACCUAUAAAACUAUUGAAGUAGCAUGUUUUAACUUAAGGCCUUCGCUUCAUACAGGUACACAUAUGCUUCAUUACACAAUUUCGUUGAUGGAUUCUGGCAAUGACAUUUCAGCUGGAGCUUUUGUCACAAGUGGCAUGUUAAUGACAGAUAGGUAUCUCAAUGCAUUUUUAGUCUUAAUUACUAUACAUUUCGCAGUGUGCAAACCUCCACAAUCAAACUCAUACCCCAAAUAAACAAUUUUGGACAAGCCUAAAUCAAGUACGGUACGGUUGACCACCCCCCUCCUUCCCGGCGCUUAUUCUUCAUGCGUUUCUUCAUUUUCUUCUUCAGAUAGUGUUUCAGUUCGUCCUCCCAAUGGCACAUGUUCAAAGUGGAUGGCCCUUGAUAAUAGCCCGAUUUCAAUAUCUGGGGAAUAAUCUGAUUUUCCCAAGUAGACGAAUCUCUCACCAGAGCCGCCACCCUCCUUUUACGGUCCAUUAUGACUUGUCCAUUUUCCGACCAGUACACCAGUAGCAUGAAAGAAGUUUGGAUGGGCUCUCUCUCCAUGCUCACUCCACGUGGACUCAUGUCGCACUCCUGAGAGAAAAGGCAUGCGAGAAAAGGCAGUUGAUAGCUUCGACUGGAUGCUGUGUAUAGGUUGCUGUCUCGGACUCAGGUAGAAGUGGUGAAGGACAGGGCUAUAGUGAACACCAUUGUCGCCAUUACUUCAGCAGGUUAGAAGGGGUGAGGCUCACACUGUCCUUGGUCGAAUUAUCCCUUCCAUGCAUCUAGAUACCAUCUGUGGUCACCUUCGCCAUAACCUCGAGAGAGGACAUUUCUGAAUCAGGAAAUCCAGACAAACUAUUCACUGUAUGACAAAUUAUGACAUCUACAAAUAUUCUUAAUACAAAUGUCUAAGACAAAUGUCAAAGAGAAUAACAACACACAGUUGAAACCAUUUUUGCAAAUUGGCUUAUACUCCCCUAUCAUCUUGGCGAUCUCACCGCAUAGUUACAGGGUCAGGGAGUUAGAGGGCUAAUCCUUAGGGGGAAAUCCCGACCAUCCAGCAGACCCAAUCUGGUGAGAUUUGUAUUGAAGCAAGACAAAAACAAAACAAACAAAACAACACCAACAAUACACGCAAAACAAACAAACAUACAAACAAAUCAUUCACUUCUUCCCUUUUGACACUCACAUCGUGAUUCAUGCAUCCCAAAAUAAAAACAACACUGCUGGUUAAAUCAAAAUAACAAAUACAAUUAGAAUUACAAGCCUUGAUAACUCCAUCUUAAAAUAAUUGUAUCCCAUAAGGUAAUUCAAGGAAUGAUAAAAUAGACUAGAGACAAGUUUCCCUCAUUCAGGGGCAGCGCUCUCUCUCUCUCCUUCUCGUGGUCCAAAUCACACAUUGUACUAUUGAUAAAUUAUAAACUUCUUCCUAAUUAUCAGUGUUUACAUAUUACAUUUAAAUCUCACCCAAUGUCUCUAGCUUUUCUAGUGAGGGUGAUCAGGCCUCACCAGAAAGUCAGAACAGAGGUCAGAGGUCAUUCAACUCCACUAAGUGAGUGUUUCUUUCCUUUUUCUUUCCCUGUACCUCAGACAUUAUUUAAAGACAUUUCAAACAUUGGGUUUGUCAGUACAGGGAUCAGGGUACCUUUAUACUAACUGUUCUCCCAAGGCACCUGCCUCAAAAAGCAUUUCAAAGGGAGAGAUAUAGAAUAAUUGGUAAACUCAUCAGAAAACUUGGUAGUGGUAGAAAGAAAAUAAACAUGUACUUAGUUUGCACUAUGCUACAUCUUAAUCAGUCCUAAGAAUUCUUAAUCUUAAUCGAGUUUACUGCAUCUUGGGCAGGAAGUCUUGAUAAACUCAUGUGUAUACAGAAUCAUACUUCAGACACAUCAGAUGAUACAGUGUCCUGUUAAGUGGAAUAGGCACCUUCUAAAGUAAACAAUCCCAAAGUCAAUACUUUGUAGAGCCACCUUUUGCAGCAAUUACAGCUGCAAGUCUCUUGGGGUAUGUCUCUAUAAGCUUGACACAUCUAGCCACUGGGAUUUUUGCCCAUUCUUCAAGGCAAAACUGCUCCAGCUCCUUCAAGUUGGAUGGGUUCUGCUUGUGUAUAGCAAACUUUAAGUCAUACCACAGAUUUUCAAUUGGAUUGAGGUCUGGGCUUUGACUAGGCCAUUCCAAGACAUUUAAAUGUUUCCCCUUAAACCACUCAAGUGUUGCUUUAGCAGUAUGCUUAGGGUCAUUGUCCUGCUGGAAGGUGAACCCCCGUCCCAGUCUCAAAUCUCUGGAAGACUGUAUUAAGCGCCAUCCAUCAUUUCUUCAAUUCUGACCAAUUUCCCAGUCCCUGCUGAUGAAAAACAUGGCCACAGCAUGAUGCUGCCACCACCAUCCUUCACUGUGGGGAUGGUGUUCUCGGGGUGAUGAGAGGUGUAGGGUUUGCGCCAGACAUAGCAUUUUCCUUGAUGGCCAAAAAGCAAAAUUUUAGUCUCAUCUGACCAGAGUACCUUCUUCCAUAUGUUUUGGGAGUCUCCUGUAAGGGUUGGUGUUUGGGGAGUCUCCCACAUGCCUUUUGGUGAACACCAAACGUGUUUGCUUAUUUUUUUUCUUUAAGCAAUGUCUUUUUUCUGGCCACUCUUCUGUAAAGCCCAGAUCUGUGGAGUGUACGGCUUAAAGUGGUCCUAUGGACAGAUACUCUAAUCUCCGCUGUGGAGCUUUGCAGCUCCUUCAGGGUUAUCUUUGGUCUCUUUGUUGCCUCUCUGAUUAAUGCCCUCCUUGCCUGGUCCGUGAGUUUUGGUGGGUGGCCCUCUCUUGGCAGGUUUGUUGUGGUGCCAUAUUCUUUCCAUUUUUUUAUAAUGGAUUUAAUGGUGCUCCGUGGGAUGUUCCAAGUUUCAGAUAUUUUUUUAUAACCCAACCCUGAUCUGUACUUCUCCACAACUUUGUCCCUGGCCUGUUUGGAGAGCUCCUUGAUCUUCAUGGUGCCGUUUGCUUGGUGGUGCCCCUUGCAUAGUGGUGUUGCAGACUCUGGGGUCUUUCAGAACAGGUGUAUAUAUACUGAGAUCAUGUGACAGAUCAUGUGACACUUAGAUUGCACACAGGUAGACUUUAUUUAACUAAUUAUGUGACUUAUGAAGGUAAUUGGUUGUACCAGAUCUUAUUUAGGGGCUUCAUAGCAAAGGGUGUGCAUACAUAUGCACGCACCACUUAGAUUUUUUAAAUUUCACCUCACCAAUUUGGACUAUUUUGUGGAAGUCCAUUACAUGAAAUCCAAAUAAAAAUCCAUUUAAAUUACAGGUUGUAAUGCAACAAUAUAGGAAAAACGCCAAGGGGGAUGAAUACUUUUGCAAGGUACUGUAUACCCGAUACACACAAAUCUAGGUAAGGAAUGGAAUUAAGAAUAUUUACAUAUAUGGACGAGCAAUGACAGCAAGUCCGGGCUCUGGCUGGGCCACUCAAGGACGUUCAGAGACUUGUCUCGAAGCCACUCCUGCGUUGUCUUGGCUGUGUGCUUAGGGUCGUUGUCCUAUUGGAAGGUGAACCUUCACCCCAGUCUGAGGUCCUGAGCGCUCUGGAGAAGGUUUUCAUCAAGGAUCUCUCUGUACUUUGCUCCGUUCAUAUUUGCCUCGUUCCUGACAAGUCUCCCAGCCCCUGCAGCUGAAAAACAUCCCCACAGCAUGAUGCUGCCACCACCAUGCUUCACCGUAGGGAUGGUGACAGGUUUUCUCCAGACGUGUCGCUUGGCAUUCAAGCCAAACAGUUCAAUCUUGGUUUCAUCAGACCAGAUAAUCUUGUUUCUCAUGGUCUGAGAGUCUUUAGGUGCCUUUUGGCAAACUCCAAGCGGGGUGUCUUGUGCCUUUUACUGAGGAGUGACUUCCGUCUGGCCGCUCUACCAUAACAGCCGGAUUGUUGGAGUGCUGCAGAGAUGGUUGUCCUUCUGGAAGGUUCUCCCAUCUCCACAGAGGAACUCUAGAACUCUGUCAGAGUGAACAUCUGGUUCUUGGUCACCUCUGACCAAGGCCCUUCUACCCCAUUGCUCAAUUUUGCCAGCGGCCAGCUCUAGGAAGAGUCUUGGUGGUUCCAAACUUCUUCCAUUUAAGAAUGAUGGAGGCCACUGUGUUCUUGGGGACCUUCAAUGCUGCAGAAAUGUUUUGGUACCCUUUCCCAGAUCUGUGCCUCGACACAAUCCUGUCUCGGAGCACUACGGACAAUUCCUUUGACCUCAUGGCUUGUUUUUGCUCUGACAUGCACCAUCAACUGUGGGACCUUAUAUAGACAGGUGUGUUCCUUUCCAAAUCAUGUCCAAUCAAUUGAAUUUACCACAGGUGGACUCCAAUCAAGUUGUAGAAACAUCUCAAGGAUGAUCAAUGGAAACAGGAUGCACCUGAGCUCAAUUUUGAGUCUCAUAGCAAAUGGUCUGAAUACUUAUGUAAAUAAGGUAUUUCUGUUUUUUGUUUUUAAUACAUUUGCAAAAUAUUACAAAAACCAGUUUUUGCUUCGUCAUUAUGGAAAUUGAGGAAAUUGUUAUUUUUAAUCCAUUUUAGAAUAAGGCUGUAAUAUAACAAAAUGUGGAAAAAGUCAAGUGGUCUGAAUAUUUCACGAAGGCACUUUAUGCCCUGUACUGACUGUCCCUGUGACAUCAACUAGUCAAAAUGUGAAACCUGUUGUUUAACAAAUCUGCUUGGUCCUUCAAAAAGUUGGUGCCUGCUUAUCAGCCCAAUAGUUGGUACUAAAAACAUUUACUUGGAUCUACUUCAAUUUUGGACACAGUUCCAUGUAAUGGAAACAGAUGGUUGUUUUAGAUGACAUUACCUUCUUACUUAAAUCACUGGUGUUACCCAAACUAUAGAAUUGUGUAAUAAUAAUUGGAUAUUGUCAAAAACCUUGUUUUUCAAUUAUUCAUACCUCUGUCCCAAAUGUCCCACUAUGUCCCUUACAGCCUGUUUGAGUUCAGUGAGUACCAAAUAUUUUCACUGGCAGCUUAUCUACAGUGGGGGAAAAAGUAUUUAAUCAGCCACCAAUUGUGCAAGUUCUCCCACUUAAAAAGAUGAGAGUGGCCUGUAAUUUUCAUCAUAGGUACACGUCAACUAUGACAGACAAAUUGAGAAUUUAUUUUCCAGAAAAUCACAUUGUAGGAUUUUUAAUGAAUUUAUUUGCAAAUUAUGGUGGAAAAUAAGUUUUUGGUCACCUACAAACAAGCAAGAUUUCUGGCUCUCACAGACCUGUAACUUCUUCUUUAAGAGGCUCCUCUGUCCUCCACUCGUUACCUGUGUUAAUGGCACCUGUUUGAACUUGUUAUCAGUAUAAAAGACACCUGUCCACAACCUCAAACAGUCACACUCCAAACUCCACUAUGGCCAAGACCAAAGAGCUGUCAAAGGACACCAGAAACAAAAUUGUAGACCUGCACCAUGCUGGGAAGACUGAAUCUGCAAUAGGUAAGCAGCUUGGUUUGAAGAAAUCAACUGUGGGAGCAAUUAUUAGGAAAUGGAAGACAUACAAGACCACUGAUAAUCUCCCUCGAUCUGGGGCUCCACGCAAGAUCUCACCCCGUGGGGUCAAAAUGAUCACAAGAACGGUGAGCAAAAAUCCCAGAACCACACGGGGGGACCUAGUGAAUGACCUGCAGAGAGCUGGGACCAAAGUAACAAAGCCUACCAUCAGUAACACACUACGCCGCCAGGGACUCAAAUCCUGUAGUGCCAGACGUGUCCCCCUGCUUAAGCCAGUACAUGUCCAGGCCCGUCUGAAGUUUGCUAGAGUGCAUUUGGAUGAUCCAGAAGAGGAUUGGGAGAAUGUCAUAUGGUCAGAUGAAACCAAAAUUUUUGGUAAAAACUCAACUCGUCGUGUUUGGAGGACAAAGAAUGCUGAGUUGCAUCCAAAGAACACCAUACCUACUGUGAAGCAUGGGGGUGGAAACAUCAUGCUUUGGGGCUGUUUUUCUGCAAAGGGACCAGGACGACUGAUCCGUGUAAAGGAAAGAAUGAAUGGGGCCAUGUAUUGUGAGAUUUUGAGUGAAAACCUCCUUCCAUCAGCAAGGGCAUUGAAGAUGAAACGUGGCUGGGUCUUUCAGCAUGACAAUGAACCCAAACACACCGCCCGGGCAACGAAGGAGUGGCUUCGUAAGAAGCAUUUCAAGGUCCUGGAGUGGCCUAGCCAGUCUCCAGAUCUCAACCCCAUAGAAAAUCUUUGGAGGGAGUUGAAAGUCUGUGUUGCCCAGCAACAGCCCCAAAACAUCACUGCUCUAGAGGAGAUCUGCAUGGAGGAAUGGGCCAAAAUACCAGCAAUAGUGUGUGAAAACCUUGUGAAGACUUACAGAAAACGUUUGACCUGUGUAAUUGCCAACAAAGGGUAUAUAACAAAGUAUUGAGAAACUUUUGUUAUUGACCAAUUACUUAUUUUCCACCAUAAUUUGCAAAUAAAUUCAUAAAAAAUCCUACAAUGUGAUUUUCUGGAUUUUUUUUCUCAAUUUGUCUGUCAUAUUUGAUGUGUACCUAUGAUGAAAAUUACAGGCCUCUCUCAUCUUUUUAAGUGGGAGAACUUGCACAAUUGGUGUCUGGCUAAAUACUUUUUUCCCCCACUGUAUUUGUCCACAGGAAGCUUAUCUCUAACCCAAACACCAAAUGGCAUCUUCUAAUUUAGUCAGUCCCAAGGCUCAAUCCCUCUGUUUGUCAUGCGACCUUGUAUUUAAACAUUUAUUUAUUCAAAUUACAAAGACAUUGCAUUAUUAGUGCUAUCUGAAAGCUACUAAUGUUACCAUUCACUUUGUUACUUUCACGAGUCUCCAAAUCUGUUUCCUUUAACUAGGACUCUUUCUUCCCAAUAGGACGACCCUCUCAAUCACUACUGCUAAUACACACGGAUCACUCUCAAACAAUGUUCUGCUUAUACCCCUAUUGCAAGGUUUCAAAACAAAACAAAACAAACAUGAUAACUUUCUCCUUAUUGGAAAGCACUGUUUUCAUUUUAGUCUACCCUAACAUUGUUACUCUAUAUAUUUAUUACCAAUUUUUGUUGGAUAUUUACUUUCUGCUUCACACUUUUUAAAUGUCUAUUAUUUUAAGAUUUAUAUAAUACUUUCACUAUAACUGGGCUGGCACUGUAGAUGGAGUGCUCUGUCCAUACUAAGUCUGGAACCUGAGACAGGAUAGACUGCGAAACAGAGCCAGUUUCCGACUCCGUCUCGGGGAGUGGUUCAAUUUUGCCUACUCACGAAUCGGUUUAGAACUUCAUCAUUGGGAUUUUCAACGAAAAUUCAAUCGGGAGUACAAUAAAUUGCAGCUUUAAGUUUAGUUAACAAGUCUCUACUUGUUCAACAUUCAUUGGUUUUAUUUAACAGGGCAUGGGUAUUGUUUCUAAAUGUAUUACCCGGGGUGGAGGAAAUCUCAUAAGCGUUUAUAGUUUUAUUGGUUGGGGGUAAGUCAUGUCCCGUACCUUUACCUGUCACGCCCUGGCUCUGGGGACUCUUGUAUGUUGAGCCAGGGUGUUAGUUUCUUUGUGUAGUGUCCAUGUUUUGUUUUCUAUGUUCUGUUCUAGGUUAUGUGUUUCUAUGUUGGCCGGGGUGGUUCUCAAUCAGAGGCAAUGAGAAUCAGCUGUUGCUUGUUGUCUCUGAUUGGGAUCCAUACUUAGGCAGCCUUUUGUGCACUUGUGAUUCGUGGGAUCUUGUUCCGUGUAGGUUUGUUUGCUACAGAGGACUUCACGUAUCGUUUUGUUGUUUUGUUGUGUUAUUGUUGCUAAGUACUCUAUUAAAGAAGAUGCACGCAUAUCACGCUGCGCCUUGGUCCACUCAUUAUGACGAUCAUGACAGAAGAUCCCACCAAAACAGGACCAAGCAGCGUGUCCAGGAGCAGACAGCCUGGACUUGGGAGGAGAUCUUGGACGGGCAGGGGUCCUGGACUUGGGAGGAAAUCCAGGCUGGAAUGGAUCGCCGUCCGUGGGAGGAGACGGUGGAAGCACGCCAUAGAGAGGAGCAGCGGCGCCAAGCGGGCCGACGUCGGACACACAAGAGGCAACCCCAAUCAUUUUUUUGGGGGGGGCACAUGGCAUGGACGACGGGGCUGCUGAAGGCAGCUACGGGGCGAGUUUGGGGAUUAGGAGAGGAGGCCACCGGGUUUGGGGGGCUGGAAGGGAGGUUGGCGGAGCCUAGAGGUAGAGCAGAGCCAACUCCCCGGACUCAGGCUAGGCAGCGUGAGACUGGGCAGGUUCCGAGGUAUGCGGAGCUGCGUACUGUGCCGCGAGUGGUCCGGCACAGUCCGAUACAUCCUGUGCGAGCACCACGCACGUGUCGUGCUAAGGUGGGCAUGCAGCCAGGAUGGAGUGUGCCGGCUCAACGCUCGUGGCCUCCAGUACCCCUCCUCGGUCCCGGAUAUCCUGCGCCAGUGUCACGUGCUCUAGUGCCAGUACGAGUACACAGCCCUGUACGUCCUGUGCUGAUGCCUCACACAGAGUGUGUAAAAAUAAGCAUUCAGCCAGGACGGGUUGUGUCAGCUCUUCGCUCCAGACCUCCAGUCCGUCUCCACAGCCUGGUCCGGCCUGUUCCUGUUCCCCGCACCAAGCCUGUGGUGCACGUCGCCACCCCGGUCCGGCCUGUUCCUGCCCCUCGCACCAAGCCUGUGGUGCGCGUCGCCAGCCCGGUCCGGCCUGUUCCUGCCCCUCGCACCAAGCCUGUGGUGCGCGUCGCCAGCCCGGUCCGGCCUGUUCCUGCCCCUCGCACCAAGCCUGUGGUGCACGUCGCCAGCCCGGCCCGGCCUGUUCCUGCUCCCCGCACCAAGCCUGUGGUGCGCGUCGCCAGCCCGGCCCGGCCUGUUCCUGCUCCCCGCACCAAGCCUGUGGUGCGCGUCGCCAGCCCGGCCCGGCCCGUUCCUGCUCCCCGCACCAAGCCAAUGGUGCGCGUCGCCGGCCCGGCCUGUUCCUGCUCCCCGCACCAAGCCAGUGGUGCGCUUAGCCAGCCCGGUCCGGCCCGUUCCUGCUCCCCGCACCAAGCCUGUGAUGCGCGUCGCCAGCCUGGCCCGGCCUGUUCCUGCCCCUCGCACCAAGCCGAUGGUGAGCGUCGUCAGCCCGGCCCGGCCUGUCCCUGCUCCCCGCACCAAGCCUGUGGUGCGCGUCGCCAGCCCGGUCCGGCCCGUCCCUGCUCCCCGCACCAAGCCUGUGGUGCGCGUCGUCAGUCCAGCACAGCCCGUGCCUGCUUCACCGGUGCCUGGUCAGGUACCGGUCAGCUGCUCCACACCGGAGACUAAGCAAUCCGCUCCACCGAUGUCCAGUCCAGCUCCAGGCAGCGGGGCCAGACCAGACCAGGAGCGCUAUGGGGGGGUUGUUAGAGGGUGGUGGUCACGCCCGGAGCCGGAUCCGCCUCCGAGGUGGAAUGCCCACCCGGCCCCUCCCCUGUUGGGUUUAUGUUGGCGCGGUCGCAGUCCGCGCCUUUGGGGCGGGGGUACUGUCACGCCCUGGCUCUGGGGACUCUUGUAUGUUGAGCCAGGGUGUUAGUUUCUUUGUGUAGUGUCCAUGUUUCGUUUUCUAUGUUCUGUUCUAGGUUAUGUGUUUCUAUGUUGGCCGGGGUGGUUCUCAAUCAGAGGCAAUGAGAAUCAGCUGUUGCUUGUUGUCUCUGAUUGGGAACCAUACUUAGGCAGCCUUUUGUGCACUUGUGAUUCGUGGGAUCUUGUUCCGUGUAGGUUUGUUUGUUACCGAGGACUUCACGUAUCGUUUUGUUGUGUUAUUGUUGCUAAGUACUCUAUUAAAGAAGAUGUACGCAUAUCACGCUGCGCAUAUGUACGCAUAUCACGCUUGGUCCACUCAUUAUGACAAUCAUGACAUUACCAAAAGUGGAUAUGCGCCAAUCUUUGUCUGAGACUUUAUUUCCCAGACCCUAUAGACAGUCAUACAAUGCUUAAACCUUAUCUUUAUCAAAUGAUCCAUAAAGGGACCACCCUGAACUUCUCUGAAUACUUUUUUACACCACUUACGUAUGUCUGCGUGUGGGUGUGUAAGUUGUAUAUUAUAAAAAUAAAAAUAAAUGCAUUGUUACUUUAUCAAAUCUCUAGUAACCCAUUAUACUCUUCUUCACAAAUUCCUCCUUUACACUAGUGUUCUAUUCAUACAGGUAUUUAAAUAUUUACACUAGUGUUCUAUUUAACAGCAUAAUCGGGAAUAGUACUCUCUCCUUUCAUAUCUGGACAUACAGAAUCCCUAUAUAACGUUAUAAAUCAACUUAGGUAUUUACAUCCACACCACCAGCAACAAUCACAGCGCAGCCAGCCCGAGAGGUACACAUAUCAAGUUCUCGAAGAAAUCUCAGUGUCCGGGGGCGUCAAUGAACAGCCCUUACCCGUCUCAGCUGUUACCCUCUCAAACUUUUCAAUGGCUUCUCCUGUCAGUGCUCACUACCUGUAGAUUGACAGGCGGUGGUGGACAUAACCCCUAGAUAACGUUAUAGAUCGAAAAACUCAGCUCACACAGAACUGGAAAACUCAGCUCACACAGAACUGGAAAACUCAGCUCACACAGAACUGGAAAACUCAGCUCACACAGAACUGGAAAACUCAGCUCACACAGAACUGGAAAACUCAGCACACACAGAACUGGAAAACUCAGCUCACACAGAACUGGUUGGGGUAUUCAUUCAGACACGCACCUCUUUCACAACGGGGCUAGUCCCCUGACAGCUCUCAUUCACUCAGUACUUAAUAGUAAUAAUAUAUCUUAAUAUCUAAAAUUAAAUCCUCUUACUAUCCAAAUUUCAACUCUCUUAUUGUACACAUUUCAAUCAGCUUAAUAUCCAACUUUCAACCCUCUUAUUAUCACACAUUUAAAUCCUUUGUUGAACUCAGCUUACCACUUAUUAUCCAAAUGUCAAUCUCUUAACACUAAUAAUUUGUCUUAUUAUCCAAAUUUCAAUCAGCUUAAUAUCAAAAUGUCAAACCUUUUAUUAUCCAAAUUUCAAUCAGCUUAAUAUCAAAAUGUCAAUCCUUCUAUUAUCCAAAUUUCAAUCAGCUUAACACGUCCUUUCCACACUCACACAAAUCUCACAUCCACUCCUAUAAUCCAAAUUUCAAUUAUCUUAUUAUCCAAAUUUCCUUUCCACGCCCACACAACUCUCACAUCCACAUUCACUUAGUACUAUUCCCAAACACAUUCAGUAAUCUCCCUUAUUACUCCAUGUGCAUCUUCAGCGAUUCUCUUAUCGUUACUUCCUAUGCACCAUAUGUAUCUUCAAAGGUUCUCUUGCCGCAACUUCCUAUACAUAUAAAAUAACACCUCUUGCUAUUAUCAGUGGAUGCAGACUAUGUAGACACUUCAAAUAAAUGCCUGCAGACAGCUGUCAGUUGGGCUUUUCCAUGGUACCUUUCCUGCCCUCGUUCUAGCCUUCUCCUAAGACUAGCUCUAGCCUUCUUCUUAAGACUAGUGGUACCUUUUUAUGUUUAUAUUUAUUUUUAAACAAAUUCAUUUAAAUUGACUUACUGAAAUUCAGUCGCCGUGUCCCUCAAUUGUUUGCAGAUUAUGUGUCUCCUCAUGGGCAGCUCGCAGUAAGGGUCUGGCCUGGUCUGGUCCUCGUCAUCUUUUGGUCAGACAGGAAUUUCCCUCACGCUUCAUAAAAUUUGCCACAGGUUUUCCUCGCAGACCCUCACUGGAAAGCUCUGCAGGCAGAAUCAAUAAUCUAGUUUGUGACGCCAUAUUGCCGUGGACAUUACCACCAGGGACACCUGAAGUCAAUACUAAAUGAAUCAUUCGUUAUUAUCAGCAAGCUGGAGAGGUUCCAACAAACUUAAUGCACCAUAGUACACGUUGGUCGGGAGCUCCGUCAGGGCAGUCCCGUUAGUUAUCUUAUAUACUGCUUAAACAGACAAGUUAUAUUUGCAUGAUUUAGCUUAUUCAUUAUUCAUAACUAAUUCAUCAUUAACGUUUGGUUCAUGCAUGUGACCGACCAAUACCUCAUGAGGCUUCUUCCCUCCAAGCUGAGGCCUUGAAACUGAGACACCCAUUUCGGUUCUCAAAACAAUGUUCUGGGCGUACUGCUAAAUUGCUUAUACUGAUAGUGAGGAUUCCUCCCAGGCACGAUCAAUCAGUCACUAGCAUGAAACCAGUCGAUGGUUAUUAGAAAUUGGUUAUUAGAAAAGCACAAACAUGUAUAGUCCAUAGUUGUCCUGGUUGCUGUUUCCCUAAACCAUCCUAUCAGCCCCGAACAAACAGAGUGCACCAUGUCUCCUAGCUAGACAAACAGCAACAUGUUAUAAUUUCACGUUUGGGGUGAAAGACCGACUGGUCAAAGCUUUUUGCUCCUUUGAGUGUGUGGGCAUGAAUGAUUCUAGAGGGCAGUCAAACAACAAGUAGGUGUAACCAGUCCGAGACCAAUCAGGUUUUAGAUAUACUAGUCUUGAGUUCUACUGGUUAUUAUGUAUUCAUAAAUGGUGGGAUUGCUUGUGUGUACAGUGUGUGUGUGUGUGCACGUGAGUGUGCGCGUGAGUGAGAGAGUGAGUAAUCGAUUGAGCGAGUGAGUAAGUGAGAGAGUGAGCGAGUGUGUGUGUGUGUGUGUGUACAAAUGCAGUCUUGUUUUAUGUACAAGGCAUGCCACAGUAUAAUGGAGGGAUAUCAGUGCUAGUUAUAAAAUGCCACUCUUAAAUGCUAAGUUGGGAUGCAAAAAUAAUUAAGGCAUCAUUAAAUGCUAAUUUGGAAUGGAAAUUGAUAAAUGCAAUGCUUAAAUGCUAAUUGCUAAACAGUGUUGAUGGUGUUUCCUGAUCCUUUAUAGAACAGGGACUGGGACAUCUACAGCUUUCACGUCAACUCCACAGUGACCAGUCGCUAUGCAACCACUAUUAUCACCAGCCGGGUGGCCAAUCGGAUCGACCAGUCACAGGAAAUAGAAUUCCAUGUCAAGAUUCCCAAGAAUGCGUUCAUCAGUCAAUUCAAAAUGUACAGUAUGCCUAAAUUAAUAUUUCACUGUCUAACAUGAUAGUUUACACACACACAUAUUACACACAUGCUCACGUAUAGAGCAAAUAUCUCCCUCUCUCUCUCUCUCUCUCUCUCCCUCUCUCCCUCUAACCCUCUCUCUCUCUCCCUCCCUCUCUUCCUCUCUCUCUCGCUCCCUCUCUCUCUCUCUCUCUCUCUCUCUAUCUCUCUCUCUAUCUCGCUCUCUCUCCCUCUCUCUCUUCCUCAGGACCAUUGAUGGGCAGACGUAUGAUGGGGUUGUGAAACAGAAGGAGGAGGCUCAGCAGCAGUACACUCAGGCAGUGUCUCGUGGCCAAAGUGCUGGCAUAGUCAGGUGUGUGUGGGUGUGUGUGCAGGGCCGGCCCUAGCCAAUAAGCGACAUAAGCGGCCACUUGUUUGUGGAACUCAGUCAGGGUCUCAACCUGCUGUUGAGAGUUAGAAUAGUAUAAUACACAAGGUUCAAUUUCUAAAUUUGGUAGUGCAUCAGCAGUUUUCCUCAUCAGUCACUUACAGUCACUCAAUUAGCCCAUGUCAGCAAAAAUAUUUUAGAUUCUUUAGAUUGUAAGGUAAGGUAAUCUAGCCAGCUAUCUAAACCUUGUAGUGGGGCCGGCAGGUAGCCUAGCGGUUAAGAGCGUUGGGCCAAUAACCAAAAGGACUAGGUGAAAAUUAUGUGAUGUGCCCUUGAGCAAGGCACUUAAACAUAAUUCCUCUUGUAAGUCACUCUGGAUAAGAGCGUCUGCUGAAUGACAAAAAAGUAUAUAAUAUAUAUUUUUUAGGCCUAAUCAUAAUCAAAAUACCAUCCGGGUACGCAGGGCAUGUGUUCAGGAGCCCUGACCUCCAGAGAGCCCCCAUUGAUUUUGUUAGUCACUCUCACUCAGACAUCAUAUGAACAUGGCACAGGUCAUGGCAAAAUGUGAAGAAUUUAAAUUAGUUUUAAAACUGCAACAUUUUCUCUCAGCUCCAUAGCAACGUGUAAAAUUGCAAGAAAUGUAACACUGCAAAAUGUUCUCUCCGCUGUCAAGAGGGAGGCCACUCAAAUAUUUUGCCUGAGAGGGUGGGGGGGGGCAACUAAAUCUAACUAAGUGCCCCCAAAAGGCUAGGGCUGGCCCUGUGUGUGUGUGUGUGUGUGUGUGUGUGUGUGUGUGUGUGUGUGUGUGUGUGUACUGUAUCUGUGACUACAGUAUGUGUGUGUUGGUGUGUUAGACUGUGCCUCUUUUAUGUCUCCUCAGUUCUGUGGGGAGGACCCUUGAGGAGUUUAAGACGUCUGUGACUGUGGCCGCGCUCAGUAAGGUGACCUUUGAACUGACCUAUGAGGAGCUGUUGAAACGACGACUGGGCAAGUAUGAACUGCUGAUCCACGCUCGACCCAUGCAGCCUGUCGCUGACUUCAAGGUGAGAGAGAGAACAGAUCAAAUCAAUGAACAUGGAUUGAUGAGUCAUUCCAUUUGAGGUUGAUGUUGUAUUUUCUUUAUUUUUCCUCUUUUCCUUCUCUUCCUUAUGGCCAGAUUGACGUGUACAUCAAUGAGCGACCAGGCAUUAACUUCCUGGACAUAAAAGGGGGACUGAGCACCAAAGCGCUGGCUAAUGCCAUCACCAAAACACACGCUUCUAGUGAGGUAAUGUCCACAACAGAGUAAUGUAGUAACGCUGCAGCCCGUCUGGUGUUCAACCUUCCCAAGUUCUCUCACGUCACCCCGCUCCUCCGCACACUCCACUGGCUUCCAGUUGAAGCUCGCAUCUACUACAAAACCAUGGUGCUUGCCUACGGAGCUGUGAGGGGUACGGCAUCUCCUUACCUUCAGGCUCUGAUCAGACCCUACACCCAAAUGAGGGCACUACGUUCAUCCACCUCUGGCCUGCUAGACCCCCUACCUCUACGGAAGCACAGUUCCCGUUCAGCCCAGUCAAAAUUAUUCGCUGCUCUGGCACCCCAAUGGUGGAACAAGCUCCCCCACGACGCCAGGACAGCGGAGUCACUGACCACCUUCCGGAGACACUUGAAACCCUACCUCUUUAAGGAAUACCUGGAAUAAUAUAAAAGUAAUCCUUCUACAACCCCCCCCCCCCCCCCCCCCAUAAAAACUAAAAACUAAAAGUGGUUGUCCCACUGGCUAUCAUAAUUUGAAUGCACCAAUUUGUAAGUCGCUCUGGAUAAGAACGUCUGCUAAAUGAUGUAAAUGUAAAUGUAGAGCUAACCAAAAUGAAUUCAAACCUUGAAAUGAAUUAAAUUCUAAACAAAUUCAAUUUAAAACAUUCAAAAAGAUGUAGACACACAUGCAUCAUUUCAAAACCUAUUCUUCGCACCACUGUGAUUUUCAUAUCUCUCUGCAUGUUAAUGCUAAUACGAAUUAGCUCAUGCUAAGGAGGUAAGGUAAACAGGCUGUGUUUUUAAAAGGCAGAAGCCUAAACUACCAUCCUCUCCCAGGGGCGUCAUUUCAGCUAAACUUAGGGUGUGGCAAAGUGACAGCUUGAAGCUACAGCAACAAAUUGAUAAUGGCUGGAGUCAAUUAUGCUUUGGGGACCACGUUUUUAUUUGCUUUGUCAUUUUUAGGGGGUGGGGGGUUACAGGUACAAUAUUCAUGUCAAUUUACACACUUAAUUUAUACCACAUGUACAUGAAGGUUGCCACUCUAUAAAUAUAUAUAUAUAUAAGAAUACAUACAUAGAAAUGUUCAUAUUGAUCACAUAGGAUUUUGUAAUAAUACAAUUGGUAUGUAAAAAAAGAGAUACAAAACCAAUGUUAUAUCAAAUGUAAGCUCAUUUACUGCCUUUCUACACAAUAAAAAAUUAAAAAAGCCAAAUUGACUCCAGCCAUUAUCAUCUUGUUGCUCUAGAUUCAUCUCAGUCAAUAGGGGACUUUCUACAAACACACGUCAUACAAGAACUAGCUGCUACACACUAGCUCAGCACCAGGAUUAAAACUCCUAGUUUGUUUCAUGUCAAGUCAAACAGCAGUUACCUAGCCAAAGCCAUCUAUACAGCCAUCUUUACCUCUGCACUGGUUUGAGAAAAUGUCAAGCUGUUCCCUGCAGCUGUGUUGAUGCGCUCUUAAUAAAGUCAGCCUAGCCAGCCAUAAAAACAGCCUUCCCUCCUGCUCCCAGGCGUCCGCAUGGUACCAAAGUCAGCCAGUUUAUACCACUAAACUGCAUUUGCCUUUUAAUCGGGAUUGGAAUGAUUUUAGAAGUCUAUUUGAAAUUGUUGGUGUUGAGCUAGGUUAUGGUGACUGCCAAUUGACGCCCCUGCCCUCUCCCCAGGCCUGGGUACAUUUCUACCCCAGCAAGGAGCAGCAGAGCCAGUGUGACAGCUGUGGAGAGCAGGGCCUGAACGGAGACCUGGUCAUUGUCUAUGACGUCUACAGGAACACGUCCAUGGGAGAUCUCAAGGUACACUUCUUCCACCCUCUUCCUGUCAUUCAUUUCUUCAUCUCUACCCUGUCUUUUCAUCACCAUCUCUGAUUCUCUCUUCAGGAGUCAAAAGGGUAUUUUGUCCAUCACUUUGCUCCCAGUGACCUACCACGCAUACCAAAGAAUGUAGUCUUCAUCAUCGAUCGGAGUGGCUCCAUGCAUGGCAGGAAAAUGGAGCAGGUUUGUUUGUGUGUUUUUUGAAUGUGUUGCCUGUUGUAAUGUAGCUAAAGGUUUAACGAUUGAGCAAUGUACACAUACAUACUAUUCAAUGCAUGGGACAAUUCAUUUUGAUUGAUUGGUUGAUUGAUUGCAUUUUGAUUGUAUUUUGAUGCACUGGGAUCUGUCAGACCCGUGAGGCCUUGUUGAAGAUCCUGGUAGACCUGGUAGAGGACGACCACUUUGGCCUAAUCACCUUCGACUACUCUGUGUCUACCUGGAAGAAGGAGCUGCUGCCGGCCAACCAGGAAAACCUGGAGGCUGCCAAGAGCUUUGCACGACACAUUCACGACAGAGGAGGUACAAUUAUUAUGGUAACACUUUACAUGACACCUAGCGUCAUAACACGUUAUGACAAGGUCAUAACCAUGUCAUAAUAGGUCAUAACAGCUGACAUAACUUGUCAUACCUUGUUAUAAUAUGGUCAUAACACUGUCAGGACACAGAUAUACAGUAUUUUGAGCUGUUGUGACAUAUAUUGAGAUUAUUUAUGGCUGGUUAUGACACCUACAUAAGAGUGUCAAAACCCACAAAACCUACUAUACAAGGCAAAACAUUCCAUUACACCAUAGCCUACGUGUCAACAGUAUGUUUAUGUUAUCUUUUAUUUUAUUUUAUUGACCAUAUUAAAUUAUAAUUGUAAUUGCGCACACAUUGAUGUCAGACAUGCUACCUACCCCAAUGCUCUGUUGCUGAUGACUGGGAUGAUUGCAGGAGCAGAUUUCAGGAGCAGGACAUGACACCCUCUUUUUGACUGAUAACUGAUUUAAGGUCAUGUAUGUGAUAGGCCUAUCUGGCUUAUAUGAUUAUGAUGGUCAUAAUGCUUCUUGACAGUGUCAUAAAGUGUAUUUUCUUAGUCCAAGUAAGGUGAUACAGGAUGGUCAUAAUGCUUCAAGGCAGUGUCAUAAAGUGUAUUUUCAAGUUAUUUAAAAUAUGAUGGAAAAAGAACAUGACUGUAAAGAAUUCAUUACAACAACAACAAAGGAUUUAAGAAUAAGCUUUCAAACAGAAGGAAACUUAUUGGCAGGGAAUAUUAUGACAGGUUAUGACAAGUUAUUUCAGCUGUUAUUACAUACUAGUUAUGACACUGGGUGUCAAGUAAAGUCUUACCAUUAUUACUUACUUACUUACUUAAUCCUCUUCCCUAUUUUCAAAGAUUUCCAAAGCUGACAGUACAGUUAAGGUGUAUUAGCAUUUUCUGUAGCACUUAAAGUCUGCGUUUACAUAGGCAGCCCAAUUCAGUUCUUUUGCAAAUUAUUUGCAUAUCUGAUACUUAUCUGAUCUUUUUCCUAGUGUGUAAACAGAGAUAACCACAUGGAAUCUGAUCAUUUAACCUCCAUAUGUGGAUGUGAAUCCUGAUACAAACCCGAUCCUCCAUAUCAGUGGCGGUCAGUGCCGUUUAAGAUGAGGGAGGAUGAUAAUUUAUUUAAUGAGUAUGGCUUUAUUUUUAUUACAGCAUAUUGGACGACUGUCAUUCAUAUUCCAUUCACCCAGCUCAAUGUAACAUCGAUAGGUUUAGGUUACUAUAUGAUAUUCAAAUUUUCACUAUACCCAUCAUGAGGUUGCUACAACCUUGAGUAAUCAAGGUGACAGACAGUGACACAUUCAAUACCGCCUUGCCCACUCUUGCCUGCAUCUAGCUGAUCUAGGGUGUAAUCAUUAGUCCAACAGUUGCAAACGAGAGUUUCUAUUGGACAAAUUCAGGUAUGUUUAUCCCCAUUUCGUUCUAUUUGCUUCCAUUUAAGAAAUGUUUUUCAACAGAAUCGGUGGAAUAAAUACACCCCUGAUUACACGCAAACACAGUUAACUUUCACAAGAGCCAAAUACAAACAUCAUGAUCACUUUGCUCGUUAAUUCCUUCUCGCAUCUACGCGCUCUUCUCUCACCUUUUCCCUUUGCUUUUGGACUUCAGUGCACAACACAUCAGCUGUCUGUGACCAGGCAAAAAAAACUUUCUAAGACAAACCUUCAUAUCAUAACCGCUAACCGCUACACACAGCCAACAUCAUUGUCCACAUAUUAGCUAGCUAACGUCAUAGUCAACAUAGCUACUAGAUCUCGCUUUUUAAGCAGACUGAGUAGCUUACUAACUAUGACAGAACCAACACAGUUUACAAGUUAAAACAAUUCUACUUACAGAAUCAAGCAGGAUCCUUCCAAGACUAUUAGUUGAAAUGGACGGCCCCUAACUAGACGUCCGCAGUCGCACUAAAAAUAGGCCGAUGGCCUCGGGUCGAGCGCCAAGGCCUGUUCUUCCGGGAAGUCACAAAAUUAAUUUUCCAGGACACUCGGUUUCCUAUAUAUAAUGUUUUUCUUUUUUUUGAUUAUUUCUGCUGUACCGGACAAUUCCACAGGGUGGCGACCCGCUGUAUAUGGCAAAUUGACAUUUCAUCACCAAAUGGACAUGGCCGUUUCUCGUAAACAGAACAGACUUCAAAAACUUGGUGAGCAGAGGGGCGGCAAGAUGUACUUUUAGCCUGGAAACAGAUGACGUCGAGGCCACAACACUCUUUGAGUUAAUUCACAUUUUCUGGGAUUAAAGGUCGAAAACGGUAAUACAGCACUCAUUUGUCCGCUGCACAUCAAAGUACAUAAACCUAUCGUGUAAGGGAAAAAGAACCAGCCAUUUAUCUAUCGUAGUUUACGAGAAAUCGUACAGUCAUCUUCGUGAUGUUUUUUGUAGAAAAAAGUUAUAGAUCCAGUUGAGGCGUGUUAAGGCGAAUCUGUUAAGGCAGGUUUGGAGCUCUAUGUGAUUUCUGUGAUUUUAUGUGAAUUUCUUUACAGUGUCCAUUUGCCAUAUGAUAUAUUGCCAGUGCUAAUAUUUCAUAUUGCAAUUGGAAAGACUCACACAGUCCUGUGUACUUCAAGUAUUAUUUUGAGACCCAAAGAACCACCCAUAAGCCCAGGACACAGAGACAGCACCCAUAGAGACAUGCUCUAGCCUGACAACUGCUCACGCUGCCAAUCAGACCUCUGAGAAAAACUCACACACACAGCCAAGAUGGAGUGACACAGUGUGUGCUUACAGACGCAAGGAGCCUACAAUAGAUACCGGCGUUCGAACCAUCAAAGAACCGUCAGACCUAGAGUUCUGAAACUUUAUAAAAUUGUUCUAUAGCUUAGGUCGGUACUGCUCUAGGAGGUUCUCCGGCCGAGAAACAGCCUCGUCCAUUUGCAAUAUAUUCAUUUCAUUUUUAACAUCAUGAAAAUGACGACAUUUAGAAAAGUCCCAGAAUCACAAGACUAGGUGCAUUGAAACUGCCUCGGCCCUUAGAAAUGGACCCUACAAGUUUCUGGUCGAUUGCUCAUUCAGGGACCCCAUAGCAACCCCCGAAAAAAGUACAUUUACAGAACUAAUGAAGGUUGCUGCUCGGGCGAAUGACCAAUCGAGACAAAACUCAAUAUUCGGGUUCGCCUCAGCUAGGCCUACACAUAAUGUCAGAACUGGACCCGCAGCUCGAAUGUCACUACAUGUUUUAAGGUUUUUUAUGGUUUUAACAGAAGGCGCUAUACAUUUUGGGCCGGCUCUGACAUAUGUGAUAGUUGGCUUCUAAAUGAGUUGGACAAAGGGAGUUUGGUGUUAGUAUGUAUCAGUUUGGUGUCAGUGUGAUAUCUUAUUGACUGAUGGCUGACUGUCAAAUUGCAGUAUAAUAUAUUGUUAUUGUCCAUAUGUUAUAUUGCUAAUGGACAGUGUCCAUUUGCCAUAUGAUAUAUUGCCAGUGCCAAUAUGUUAUACUGAACAUAUUGGCACUGGCAAUAUACCAUAUGGCAAAUGGACACUGUCCAUUUCCAAUAUGUUUAAACAGGGAUUACCAUCACCAAAUGGACUGGCUGAAAUCAACACCACUAUCGUCUCUAGGCCAUUCCGAGUUCAAUAAGGUGCCCCACUUGACCAUAGCUCGCUCGGUCUGACCGCACAGACUGUGCAAAUAAGAAGGCCUGGAAUGAAGCCUAACUAAUAGUGAUUUCAACAUGCUUUUGACAUUUUACGGCCUCUGGGUCAUGCAGAGACACGCCGUUUUCAACUGGGGUCAUCGGGGGUAGGUUGGCGUGGACAAGCCACAGAGUUAUUCUAGAUGCGUGUGGCGGUUCAUGUGGUUGGACACAUCUGAGUUUCUCCCUUAGAAUAACAUUGGUUUACAGGUUAUGCUCUAACUCUGCUUCUGUGCAUGCAAUUUGCAAAGUUCCUUUUGCCACGUGUUCAGGGUCAAGGUAGCUCUACAGAUAUCAAUAUGAAUAGAGUACAUGGUCCCCUUCAUAUCCUAAAUGGGAAGUAUGAACUUGCAAUAUAUCAUAUGGCAAAUGCCAUUGUAACAUAUUGCAAUUGGACAGCAAUCAAGUCAGCCAUCUCAUUGCUUAAAAUCAUCAUAAACAGUCAAAGGACAGCACAUUUGAAUUGUAUUUGUGUAUAGUGUCCCAGUAGUGGACUUUAUUAGUUUAAACCCUUUAACUGCAUGUCCAAUUCGUGAUGUUAUAUUUGUGAUGUUAUACUGGACAUAUUGGUACUGGCAAUAUAUCAUUUGGCAAAUGGACACUGUCCAUUUCCAAUAUGUUUAAGCAGUGAUUUACAUUCACCAAAUGGACAGAUUGAAAUCAACACCAACGAUCGAGAGAGAGGAUCCACUAUCACUGCUAGGCCAUCCCAAGUUCAACGAGCCAGACAAUUGGGCAUUUCAGCAAAGUAACAGCAUGUCCAAUUCAUGAUGGUAAAUGCCCAUUGUAAUAUAUUGCUAAUGGACAGUGUCCAUUUGCCAUAUGAUAUAUUGCCAUAGGUUUGCCUUUUUGUCCAUUGGCAAUAAAUUACUCUGCUAAUUGGACAGUCCAUUACACAUAAUACAUGCCAGGCUUAACAUGUUAUCAGUAUAUAUUACAAUGGGCAUUUACCAUCAUGAAUUGGACAUGCUGUUACAUAUAUCAAUUGGACAGUGUCCAUUGCCAAUGUAUAUCAAUAAGGACUUCCCAUUAUGAAAUGGACAUGCUGAAAUGAACACCAACAAGACAUCCUGAUUUCCUAUGACUUCCUAUGAUCAAACAUGACAGAUAGACCUUCUCGGUUGAUUCAGGACUUAACAUACUGAGAUAUACCAUUUGGUCAUUAUAUAGGCCAUUUGGACAUGGUUCACUGACUUUUGGGUUUGGAACUGACUUCCUAUGAUCAUAAAUGGCAAAUGGACAUAACUUUCUGAUUUAGUACUUUCAAUACUUACAUAUGCCAUUUGAACAUUAUAUAUACCAUUUGGACAUGGUUCACUGACUUUUGGAUUCAGAACCCGACUUCCUGUGACCAUAUAUGGCAAAUGGACAUAACAUCCUGAUUUAGUACUUUCAAUACUUACAUAUGCCAUUUGGACAUUUCAUAUGCCAUUUGGACAUGGUUCACUGACAUUUGGAUUCGGAACCCGACUUUCUAUGAUCAUAUCUGGCAAAUGGACAUAACAUCCUGAUUUAGUACUUUCAAUACUUACAUAUGCCAUUUGAACAUUAUAUAUACCAUUUGGACAUGGUUCAAUGACUUUUGGAUUCAGAACCCGACUUCCUGUGAUCAUAAAUGGCAAAUGGACAUAACAUGCUGAUUUAGUACUUUCAAUACUUACAGUGAGGGAAAAAAGUAUUUGAUCCCCUGCUGAUUUUGUACGUUUGCCCACGGACAAAGACAUGAUCAGUCUAUAAUUUUAAUGGUAGGUUUAUUUGAACAGUGAAAGACAGAAUAACAACAACAAAAUCCAAAAAACGCAUGUCAAAAAUGUUAUCAAUUGAUUUGCAUUUUAAUGAGAGAAAUAAGUAUUUGACCCCUCUGCAAAACAUGACUUAGUACUUGGUGGCAAAACCCUUGUUGGCAAUCACGGAUGUCAGACGUUUCUUGUAGUUGGCCACCAGGUUUGCACACAUCCCAGGAGGGAUUUUGUCCCACUCCUCUUUGCAGAUUUUCUCCAAGUCAUUAAGGUAUCGAGGCUGACGUUUGGUAACUCAAACCUUCAGCUCCCUCCACAGAUUUCCUAUGGGAUUAAGGUCUGGAGACUGGCUAGGCCACUCCAGGAUCUUAAUGUGCUUCUUCUUGAGCCACUCCUUUGUUGCCUUGGCCGUGUGUUUUGGGUCAUUGUCAUGCUGGAAUACCCAUCCACGACCCAUUUUCAAUGCCCUGGCUGAGGGAAGGAGGUUCUCACCCAGGAUUUGACGGUACAUGGCCCUGUCCAUCGUCCCUUUGAUGCGGUGAAGUUGUCCUGUCCCCUUAGCAGAAAAACACCCCCAAAGCAUUACGUUUCCACCUCCAUGUUUGACGGUGGGGAUGGUGUUCUUGGGGUCAUAGGCAUCAUUCCUCCUCCUCCAAACACGGCGAGUUAAAUUGAUGCCAAAGAGCUCCAUUUUGGUCUAAUCUGACCACAACACUUUCACCCAGUUCUCCUCUGAAUCAUUCAGAUGUUCAUUGGCAAACUUCAGACGGGCCUGUAUAUGUGCUUUCUUGAGCAGGGGGACCUUGCGGGCGCUGCAUGAUUUCUGUCCUUCACGGCGUAGUGUUUUACCUAUUGUUUUCUUGGUGAAGAUGGUCCCAGCUGCCUUGAGAUCAUUGACAAGAUCCUCCCUUGUAGAUCUGGGCUGAUUCCUCACCGUUCUCAUGAUCAUUGCAACUCCACGAGGUGAGAUCUUGCAUGGAGCCCCAGGCCGAGGGAGAUUGACAGUUCUUUUGUGUUUCUUCCAUUUGCGAAUAAUCACACCAACUGUUGUCACCUUCUCACCAAGCUGCUUGGCGAUGGUCUUGUAGCCCAUUCCAGCCUUGUGUAGGUCUACAAUCUUGUCCCUGACAUCCUUGGAGAGCUCUUUGGUCUUGGCCAUGGUGGAGAGUUUGGAAUCUGAUUGAUUGAUUGCUUCUGUGGACAGGUAUCUUUUAUACAGGUAACAAGCUGAGAUUAGGAGCACUCCCUUUAAGAGUGUGCUCCUAAUCUCAGCUCAUUACCUGUAUAAAAGACACCUGGGAGCCAGAAAUCUUUCUGAUUGAGAGGGGGUCAAAUACUUAUUUCCCUCAUUAAAAUGCAAAUCAAUUUAUAACAUUUUUACAUGCGUUUUUCUGGAUUUUUUUAUUGUUAUUCUGUCUCUCACUGUUCAAAUAAUACUACCAUUAAAAUUAUAGACUGAUAAUUUCUUUGUCAGUGGGCAAACGUACAAAAUCAGCAGGGGAUCAAAUAUUGUUUUCCCUCACUGUACAUAUGCCAUUUGGACAUUUCAUAUGCCAUUUGGACAUGGUUCACUGACUUUUGGAAAUCGGAACCUGACUUCCUAUGAUCAUAUAUGGCAAAUAGACAUUACAUCCUGCUUUAGUGCUUUUUACAUAUGCUAUUUGGACAUUUCAUAUGCCAUUUGGACAUUAUAUAUGCCAUUUGGACAUGGUUCUGUGACUUUCGGGUUCGGAACCCGACUUCCUAUGAUCAUAUCUGACAAGUGGACACUUUGCCCAUUUGGAGUAUAAUACGUGACAAGUUAACAUUUUGACCACUUGCAGUAUAAUAUGCCUGAUAUGGACAUAACAUAGGCCUUAUGGACAAACUCGCAUAAAAUAAAACAAAUCUAUAUCCAUACGGUUCUUUAGUAAUGUAUAAUUGAGACAAAAGUUUUUAUAAUUGGUCAUUUCACCCUUGAGAUUUGACUUUGGUGUCCAUUUGCAAUAUACUUUCUGACGGUGGAGCGCGCUCGCACCCGUAGGAUUUUUUUAUUAUUACACUGGCAUUUGCCAUAUACAUUUUGCAAUAUGUUUUGCACCAUUUGGCGCCCAUUUGAGUGGUAUUUGCAAUGGUGUAUAUGUUUCGUCCAAAAUGCCAUUCAUUUUGGUCCAUUAGGCAUAUGCUUUCCUGUCUCAGAGCUCUACGGACAAUUCCGUCGACCUCAUGGCUUGGUUUUUGCUCUGACAUGCACUGUCAACUGUGGAACCUUAUAUAGACAGCUGUGUGCCUUUCCAAAUCCUGUCCAAUCAAUUAAAUUUAUCACAGGUGGACUCCAAUCAAGUUGUAGAAACAUCUCAAGGAUGAUCAAUGGAAACAGGAUGCACCUGAACUCAAUUUCGAGUCUCAUAGCAAAGGGUCUGAAUACUUAUGUAGAUAAAGUAUUUCUGAUUAUUAUUUUUUAAAUCCAUUUUAGAUUAAGGCUGUAACGUAACAAAAUGUGGAAAAAGUCAAGCGGUCUGAAUACUUUCUAAAGUCACUGUAUGAACAAUAGCCUAGUUAGUGACAAUAGGAGCUAAUACAUAGAUGUGUUGUCCUCUCUCUUCUCUUCUUAGCAACCAACAUCAAUGCUGCUGUGUUGGAGGGCACAGCCAUGCUGAACCGAAACCCACGAGAGGGUUCAGCCUCCCUCCUCAUACUACUCACUGAUGGAGACCCAACCACAGGUACACACACACACACACGCACACACACACACACACACACACACACACACACACACACACACACACACACACACACACACAUACAUAUACGCACACAAUAAUAGCCAAUCUCACUUUCCUCAGGUGAGACCAACCUCGAAAAGAUCCACAAGAAUGUAAAGGAAGCCAUUGGUAAGAAAUUCCCUCUCUACUGUCUCGGCUUUGGAAUGGAUGUCAACUUUGAGUUCCUGGAGAAGAUGGCACUGGAGAACAGCGGUGUGGGACGCAGAAUAUAUGAGGACUCUGAUGCUGCUCUGCAGCUGCAGGUAAGGGAACACACACUGUGAGGCAGUGUAUUCACACUACAGUCCCUGCACUACAAUGGAUUUGAAUUAUUUCUUACAAAUCUCAACAUCAUUUGAGACUGUAACACAACAAAUGAUCAAAAUGGUCCCGACUGAGCUUCAUUAGCUGGAAUAUUAAAGGGCCGAACCAACCUUUAAAAUGCAAUAAGAUCUUAUCUCAUCUAAGUAGGCUUGACUGUUGUUUCCUGAUUUCCUAAAUGUAGAUUAUGUGAGAGGAAACGAGGAGGAGCAGGGGGCGGGACUAAUAGCCUCUGUACUGUAUGAUUGACAGGGCUUUUAUGAAGAGGUGGCCACACCCCUAUUGACGGACGUGCAGAUGGUGUAUGUGGGUGGGGCUAACCUGACCCAGACCAACUUCAGCCAGUACUACAACGGCUCCGAGAUCGUGGUGUCUGGUCAGAUCACCGACAACAACAUAGAGACGUUCACUGCAGAGGUCAUAGCCAUAUCGGUGAGGUCACCUCUACUCAGCUCAUAGGUCAGAUCACUCCAUACUGCCCUGGUCUUUGUUUUGUAUGUUCUUUUGAUUUUGAAAGCAAUGCAAUGUUGAUAAAAAAUAACAUAACUCCAUAUGAGUACUUUAGAGAUAGUUCAGCCAAAUGUCAAAAUGUUCAAUGCACUGUAAUUAUUAUUUUUUUAAAUCAACUUAAAGUAACUGUUUCCAGAUUUCUAUGAAAUAUUACCUACUGUAUAACUUACAAUAUGAGUGAAAUCGCUUUUCUUCCAGCAGCUUUUCUGUAUUGGAAUAGUGUGGGUGUACCUCAACAGAAUGGUGUGGGCUUAUACCGGUCAUUAAAAAUGUCAUGCAAUUAGACCACUGACUGGCCAGCUCAUCCUCCUGUAGACCACUGACUGGCCAGCUCAUCCUCCUGUAGACCGCUGAUUGGCCAGAUCCUCCUCCUUAGGGAGAUUACUUCAUAUUCUAUGACGAAAUAGAAAGCAUUUUUGAACGGUCUGUUUGAGGUGGGGGGUUUUUCUCCAAUAUAUGCUUUUGCCACAAAUACGAGUAUAGGAUGAGUCAACAACAUUGUUUAUAUAUGAUUUAACAGAAUAUUAACUUUUAAAAGUGAGAUUUUUACUGGGCUUAAAAAAAAUCAAGGCAACCAGUUGCAUUACGAUUUCCAAUUUACUCUACUUAGGCAAAUGUGGAAAAAGUUGAGUGAACUAGAAAUUGGAUAGCAGCUGGUUGCCUUGAUAUCUUUAGUUGACUCAACUAUUUUUUGUUUUAUAGUGUUAAGUCAAUAUUUAGUAUUGUGAUGCGAGUAUGCCUUGAUUAUUUCAGAAAAGCAAUAGGGUGAUGUACUCUGAGACAAUACCAAUGGAGGAGCCCAUUGAAGCCAGGCCUGACAGCCACAUCCAGAGGCUGUGGGCCUACCUCACUGUGAAGCAGCUAUUGGACAAAGAGUGAGUCUGCUUUGCAUGGCAUUGCGUCUGUGAUUGGGUGUGUUUACACCUCUGUCUAUACAGGUCUCCAGCCGUAUGUGUCUCUAUACCUGCGUGUAUAUGUUUGUGUACGUGUGUGCAUUUGUACGACGUGUGUAUUUAUAUGGGUUAUUCCACAGAAGUCGCACAAAUUGCUGUCCCUAAUCAAAAAAUAUAUUUUAAAUAACAGAUAAGUCUCCAAACUCAUGAUAUAUUCUAAUUAAUUCCAAUGCAAUAAACUGUUAAAAGAAUACAGGACAAAACCAUGUUUAUACAGUAUGCCUAUUUCUAUUGAGAGGUGUCUGUCCCCCACCCUGACUCCUAAAAUUCAUCUUUGAAAAUAAAGCAAUUCACUAUUAUUUUUAUAUAAACAUCUUUCUCUGAAAAAUGCUGUUCCCAGUUUUGAUGUCACUACCGAAACACACACAUUAAAAGACUGUAGAAUGAAUUUGCCUUAAGUGUCACAUUGUAUAAUGAUUCGAAGACAGGCGCAGGAAUACGUAUUAGGGGUUUUAUUUACUCCACCCAACACAAGGUACGUCAUGAAAAACUACGGGGACGAAGCCCAAAACAUAUAUAUCACAGGGAUGUAACCCAAACAAAAAAGCGAGGUGUAACGGACUUGGGACAAUAAUUGACAAAGACAAUGGGGAACAGAGGGCACAUAUAUACACAUACUAAUCAGGGGAAAUGGGAACCAGGUGUGCGUAAUGAGACAAGACAGUCCGGGGUUGGUGGUAAUGAUCCAGGUCAGUGAAGCCUAGAAGCCCAGUGACAUAGACCUCCGGAGAUGGUAAAUGGAAUGAGCAGUAGUACUGGGGGGAUCCGUGACAUUAAGACACACCCCUACAAUUAACAUCAGGACAUUGGAUUGCACCCCUCUCCAUCAAGGCCACAUUGUGAGUAGUCUGUCCACCAAAAUUCUGAAGAAAAUAAAUGCAUAAGUUAGUAAAUCAUGCAUUUUUAAGAAGUUAAUCAAACAUACAGUACCAGUCAAAAGUUUGGACACACCUACUCAUUCAGGGGCUUUUCUUUCUUUUUACUAUUUUCUACAUAGAAUAAUAGUGAAGACUACAAAACUAUGAAAUAACACAUAUGGUGUUACGAACCCCGUGGCUUUAAAAGUCUAGGGUGGAUGGAAAAGAGACCCGUAACAUGACUCAUGCGAAUUAGAAUAUUGACACAGAACAGUGAGAACAAAAUACACCGACAACCAUAAGCUACCAUCAAACACAAAAUGUUUAUUUUGAACACUCGGUAAACGGUUUGGGGAAAAGGGGCUGAGCUGGACCCAAGGAAUGAAACAAUAAAGUAAAAAAAAACUAAACUGAUCUUCCUGCCUCAAGAACCGCUAAGCUUACUGCUAACCAUACAAAAAUACAGUGGGUGGUCUGCUCAGGUCUCACUAGUGUGUUUAGACAAGGUUUUCCUAUGGGUAGUGUAUGCCCAAGGGCGACUUGCUAAACCCCCCUUUUCCCAGGCACAAACAAACAACAUAAGAACAAUAUGAACUAAACAGCAAACGAGUGAGUACACAAAAACAAGACACCACAGUAUACAUACUCACAAAAAAUGAGUCUUGGUCAGAAAACACAACUGACUGGCUUUUAAAACCAGGGGAUGUGAUAUGGUAAUGAAAAACCAGAAACAGGUGGUGCAAUACGGAGGAGUGUCCACUGAUUGGUCCACCUCAGCAAUCAUGAGACGAACGGAUGUCAGACAGGUGGGACACACCAACGACCACCAAUCAGGAAAACAAGGGACACCUGUGAUUAGGGCAGAAGGAGAGGAAAAACAAAUACACAUACAGGAUACCUGUAUCCGUAACAUAUGGAAUCAUGUAGUAAACCAAAAAGUGUUAAACAAAUCCAAAUAUAUUUAAUAUUUUAAAUUCUUCAAAGUAGCCACCCUUUGCCUUGUGUCAUGAUCGUUAUGAGAUGAAGCGGACCAAGGCGCAGCGUGAUAAGCGUACAUUCUUUAAUUGGUGUACACAACACGAACCAAAACAAUAAACAAACGAUACGUGAAGUCCUAGGUUAAUAACACAAACCUUAACGGAACAAGAUCCCACAACGUAACAUGCCAACAGGCUGCCUAAGUAUGGCCCCCAAUCAGAGACAACGAGCUACAGCUGUCUCUGGUUGGGAACCACCCUGGCCAACAUAGAAAUACACGAUCUAGAACGACAAACCUAGAAAACUAAACAAGGAAAAAUCCACACCCUGGCUCAACAUUUAAGAGUCCCCAGAGCCAGGGCGUGACAGUACCCCCCCCCCAAAGGCGCGGACUGCGACCGCGCCAACCAAACACAAGAGGGUAGGAGCCGGGUGGGCAUUCCGCCUCGGCGGCGGAUCCGGCUCCGGGCGUGACCACCACACUCUCUCUACCCCUCCGUUGCGCCCCUGGUCUGGUCCCUCUGGCCGGAGCUGGACUGAACACCGGUGGAGCGGAUUGCUCUGGCUCCGGCGUGGAGCAGCUGACCGGUGCCGGACCAGGCACCGGUGGAACAGGCACGGACCGUGCCGGACUGACGACGCGCAACACUGGCUUGGUGCGGGGAGCAGGAACGGGCCGGAAUGGGCUGACGAUGCGCACCACUGGCUUGGUGCGGGGAGCAGGAACGGGCCGGACCGGGCUGACGACACGCACCAUUGGCUUGGUGCGGGGAGCAGGAACAGGCCGGACCGGGCUGGUGACGCGCACCACUGGCUUGGUGCGGGGAGCAGGAACGGGCCGGACCGGGCUGAUGACGCGCACCAUUGGCUUGGUGCGGGGAGCAGGAACAGGCCGGACCGGGCUGGCGAAGCGCACCACUGGCUUGGUGCGGGGAGCAGGAACGGGCCGGACCGGGCUGACGACGCGCACCACUGGCUUGGUGCGGGGAGCAGGAACGGGCCGGACCGGGCUGACGACACGCACCACUGGCUUGGUGCGGGGAGCAGGAACAGGCCGGACCGGGCUGGCGACGCGCACCACUGGCUUGGUGCAGGGAGCAGGAACGGGCCGGACCGGGCUGACGACGCACACCAUUGGCUUGGUGCGGGGAGCAGGAACAGGCCGGAACGGGCUGGCGACGCGCACCACAGGCUUAGUGCGGGGAGCAGGAACGGGCCUGACCGUACUGGGAACACACACCACUGUCCUUGUGCGGGAAUCAGGAACGGGCCGGACCGGACUGGUGACACACACCACUUACUUGGUGCGAGGAGCGGGACUGGGUUUCCUCAUAAACCUCCGCUCCCUCUGCUGCCUAACCAGUUCCUCUCGCUGUGCCUCCACACUCUCCUUCUCCCUCGUGACCAGUGGCCCCCGUAACCUGGCGGCCUCCUCUGCUAACCUGCUGAACCGCUCUAUCGCAGCCUCCUGCUGCCUCGUCGUCCACGGCGUGAGCCCCCCCCCUAAAAAUGUUUUGGGCUUGUCUAUCCCCCGUGAACAUGGCCUCCAUGGCUCUCGCCAGACUCUCACUCUUCUCCUCCCAAGUCCAUCCUCUCUCCUCUUCACGCUGUUUGAUCCAGUCGUGAUGGGAUCUUCUGUCACAAUCGUCGAUAGAUGAAGCGGACCAAGGCGCAGCGUGAUAAGCGUAAAUUCUUUAAUUGGUGUACACAACACGAACCAAAACAAUAAACAAAUGAUACUUGAAGUCCUAGGUUAAUAACACAAACCUUAACGGAACAAGAUCCCACAACGUAACAUGCCAACAGGCUGCCUAAGUAUGGUCCCCAAUCAGAGACAACGAGCUACAGCUGUCUCUGAUUGGGAACCACCCUGGCCAACAUAGAAAUACACGAUCUAGAACGACAAACCUAGAAAACGAAACAAGGAAAAAUCCACACCCUGGCUCAACAUUUAAGAGACCCCAGAGCCAGGGUGUGACACCUUGAUGACAGCUUUGCACACUCUUGGCAUUCUCUCAACCAACUUCAUGAGGAAUGAUUUUCCAACAGUCUUGAAGGAGUUCCCACAUAUGCUGAGCACUUGUUGGCUGCUUUUCCUUCACUCUGCGGUCCAACUUGAGGUCGGGUGAUUGUGGAGGCCAGGUCAUCUGAUGCAGCACUCCAUCACUCUCUUUGGUCAAAUAGCCCUUACACAGCCUGGAGGUGUGUUUUGGGUCAUUGUCCUGUUGAAAUACAAAUGAUAGUCCCACUGAGCACAAACCAGAUGGGAUGAUGUAUCGCUGCAGAAUGCUGUGGUAGCCAUGCUGGUUAAGUGUGCCUUGAAUUCUAAAUAAAUCACAGACAGUGUCACCAGCAAAGCACCCCCACACCAUUACACCUCCUCCUCCAUGUUUCACAUAGGGAACCACACAUGCAGAGAUCAUCCGUUCACCUACUCUGCAUCUCACAAAGACACAGCGGUUGGAACCAGACAUCUCAAAUUUGGACUCAUCAGACCAAAGGACAGAUUUCCACCGGUCUAAUGUCAAUUGCUCGUGUUUCUUGGCCCAAGCAAGACUCUUCUUCUUAUUGGUGUCCUUUAGUAGUGGUUUCUUUGCAACAAUUCCACCAUGAAGGCCUGAUUCACGCAGUCUCCUCUGAACAGUUGAUGUUGAAAUGUGUCUGUUACUUGAACUCUGUGAAGCAUUUAUUUGGGCUGCAAUCUGAGAAGCAGUUAACUCUAAUGAACUUAUCCUCUGCAGCAGAGGUAACUCUGGGUCUUCCUUUCCUGUGGCGGUCCUCAUGAGAGCCAGUUUCAUCAUAGCGCUUGAUGGUUUUUGCGACUGCACUUGAAGAAACUUUCAAAGUUCUUGAAAUUUUCCAGAUUGACUGACCUUCAUGUUUUAAAGUAAUGAUGGACUGUCGUUUCUCUUUGCUUAUUUGAGCUGUUCUUGCCAUAAUAUGGACUUGGUCUUUUACCAAAUAGGGCUAUCUUCUGUAUACCACCCCUACCUUGUCACAACACACCUGAUUGGCUCAAACACAUUAAGAUGGAAAGAAAUUCCACAAAUUAACUUUUAACAAGGCACACCUGUUAAUUGAAAGGCAUUCCAGGUGACUAACUCAUGAAGCUGGUUGAGAGAAUGCCAAGAGUGUGCAAAGCUGUCAUCAAGGCAAAGGGUGGCUACUUUGAAGAAUCUAAAAUAUUUAAAAAACACUUUUUUGGUUACUACAUGAUUCCAUAUGUAUUAUUUCAUAGUUUUGAUGUCUUCACUAUUAUUCUAUGUAGAAAAUAGUAAAAAUAAAGAAAAACCCUUGAAUGAGUAGGUGUAUCCAAACUUUUGACUGGUACUGUAUGUUAAAAAAUAUAUAUAAAGUAUGGUUUUGUGACUAAAAUAUAUGUUUCUUGGGAUGUACAGUACAUCUGUCAAAAGUAUAGCUAGCUAGCCAUAUGCUAGCUAUGGGUAUUCACUAAAGUCCAAAAUACAGUAAGUUACAAUUGUUAAAACUGAAAUGGUCACAACCGAAACAAUUUGCUUUAUUUCGGUAGUGACACUUGAUUGUUAAUAUUAUUUCUUUACAUUGAUUGAAAAUACAGUGCCUUCAGAAAGUAUUUGCACAGCUUGAAUUUUUCCACAUUUUGUUGUGUUACAGCCUGAAUUUAAAAUUGAUGUCACUGGCCUACACACAAUACCCCAUGAUGUCAAAGUGGAAUGAAAUGUUUACAAAUUAAUAAAAAAAAAAAAAGCUAAAAUGUCUUCAGUUAAUAAGUAUUCAACCCCUUUGUUAUGGCAAGCCUAAAUAUGUUCAGGAGUAAAAAUCUGCUUAACAAGUCACAUAAUAAAUUGCGUGGACUCAAUCUGUGUGCAAUAAUAGUGUUUAACAUUAUUUUUGAAUGACUACCUAAUCUCUGUACCCCACACCUACAAUUACCUGUAAGGUCCCUCAGUCGAUAAGUGAAUUUCAAACACAGAUCCAACCAAAAAGACCAGGGAGGCUUUCCAAUGCCUCACAAAGAAGGGCACCUAUUGGUAGAUGGGUAAAAAUAUUAAAAAGCAGACACUGAAUAUCUCUUUGAGCAUAGUGAAGUUAUUAAUUACACUUUGGAUGGUGUAUCAAUACACCCAGUCACUACAAAGAUACAGGUGUCCUUCCUAACUCAGUUUCUGGUGAGGAAGAAAACUGCUCAGGGAUUUCACCAUGAGGCUAAUGGUGACUUUAAAACAGUUACAGAGUUUAAUUGCUUUGAUAUGAGAAAACUGAGGAUGAAUCAACAACAUUGUAGUUACUCCACAAUACUAACAUAAUUGACAGAGUGAAAAGAAGGAAGCAUGCAUCCUGUUUGCAUCAAGGCACUAAAGUAAUACUGCAAAAAUUGUGGCAAAGCAAUUAACUUUUUGUCCUGAAAACAAAGUGUUAUGUUUGGGGAAAAUCCAAGACGACACAUUACUGAGUACCACUCUCCAUAUUUUCAAGCAUUGUGGUGGCUGCACCAUGUUAUGGGUAUGCUUGUAAUCAUUAAGGACUGGGGAGUUUUUAGGAUACUAAAUAAACGGAAUAGAGCUAAGCACAGGCAAAAUCCUAGAGGAAAACCUGGUUCAGUCUGCUUUCCAACAGACACUGGGAGUGUCACAGCGACGCUAGCCACGUGAGUGAGUGCUAGCUAGCUAGCUAGCUACCAACCGGAACAUUAGCUAGCUAGCCAAGACAACAACACAAACAAAUGGACUAUACAGCUUAAUGAGUGGAGUUACAAACGGACUAUUUUUACUGUUUGUUUAAAGCUAAUUCCGUAAUCUGUUCGAUAUCAAUUGAGCUCCAAGCCUCACGCAACCACAACGUAGCAACAUUAUUUUUGCUUUGCUGUAAAAAAGGCUUUACAACUUGAUUUCGUUAGAAAAUACUCUCUGGGAUUCAUAAACAUUUGUUUAGUGUUGUUUACAACGUUCCAACGUUUUAAUCUAAUACCUGUUUGGCACAGAAUAUCACGCAGCGCUUGCACCUCUUGCUCCUCCUUCGUCUUGGUGUACUUGUGGUUGUUCUUCUUAUUAUUGCUCUUAUUAGUAUUCUCAUUAUAAUAAUAAGUAUUACUUAUCAUUAUUAGACUUAGUAGGCUAGUAUCUACAUAAGCUACAACUGCUGCUGAGAGAGAGCAGUAAGCUAUAACUGCUGCUGAGAGAGAGCAGUAGUAAAAGGUGCAUAGACACGCACAGUCUUUUUCUUUAGCACAGCGUGGCAAGCCCAGCCUGCUAUAAGAGAUUUUUUAUAUUUUAGAAAAAGGCUCAGUGCUGUUAUCUUCACAAGGUGAGCUAUUGAAAGGCAUUGAAAACAGGGGUGUCAAUAAUUUUGACUCCCUACCUUUUUGAGAGAAAAAAGUAUUGUUAAACAAAAUCUCUUUCUCUGAGCAAUUGUAUUAGUAUAAAGUAAUAUAAUUUUCAAUUUUCAAUUUUCAUCUUUAUCGAGGCUGUCAAUAAUUUCGUACCCCAAUGUAUGUUUUAGCACAUUAUUUAAUUAAUACCUUUGUGUGUGUGUUUCAGGGUGCAGUCGAGUGGUAAGGUGAAGGAGAAGGUGAAGAAGGAGGCCCUGGAUCUUUGUCUGAAGUACGGCUUUGUGACUCCUCUCACCUCCAUGGUGGUCACCAAGCCCCAGGGAGAAGCCUCACAGGUGGCCCACAAGCCCAAGGAGGGGGAGAAGCCCACCAUGAGCCACCACCACCACGUAGUCCCCAGUGAGCAAAACUACCAUCAUCAUCACACACGCACGCACAAACAAUCACACACACACCACACGUACACACAAACGCGCAGGCACACACACACACACACAUACUGUCUACAAUAGUGAAUGACAAUUACUGAAUGGUGUGAGUCAAUGGAGUAAAUAAAUUAGCAAAGACUGUCAAUCUAAAAACGUAACAUUAUAACCUACAUUAUAACCUAUAUUGAACAUAAAUAUGUUUUCUGUCUAGCAUGGGCCUCUGCAGUGCUGGCACAAGUUUAUGAUGGUAAGACAAAUUAAUAAUAUCAUUCCAAAACGCUAUAUAUCAAUUUUCUAAAAUGUCUUAGAGAGAGAGAGAGAGAGAGAGAGAGAGAGAUGAGAGAGAGAGAGAGAUAGAGAGAGCGAGAGAGAUAUAUAUCGAUAUAGAGAGGCUAGGCUAGAUCUAGAGAUUGGAGACGCGAGAGAGAGCGAGAUAUCGCUCUUCGCUCCGUCUCUCGCUAUCUCUCUCUCUCGCGCUACAUCAGCUCCUCCUCCCCGCUCUCUCUCUCUCUCUGUUGCCCAUUAGAGGGAGCAUUCACCAGAUAAGACAAGGAGAAUUUCACCAGAUAGGACAGACUAACCUUAGCCCCCCGCACAUAAACUAUUGCAGCAUAGAUACUGGAGGCUGAGACAGGGGAGUUCGGGGGACAUUGUAGCCCUGUCCGACGAUACCCCCGGACAGGGCCAACCAGGCAGGACACUUAACAAACAAAACAAAACAGAGGUGGGAAAGGAGAGGGAAAACAGUCAAAUCAAAAGGAAUAGCAACAACAAUGAUUACAUGCUAUAUCAGUGGAUUCCCCCAAAAAUAUUUAUUUAAAGAACGUUCCUUUUGUCAUACCCUAGUUGCUUUUUACCGGACAAAAGAAGAAAAGGCAAGUGUGUCAAGUUCAACUGCUGUGGAAGUGUAGUGCAGAAGAAAAACACAUCUCCAAUGAUUGAAUUCUGACCAAUUCUGUGAUGAUUUUUACAAUGGCUCAAGGGGAUGGGAAUGGGGAGGAAUUAGGGUGGCAUCAAAGCUCCACUUCUUGAACAUCAGUUUAGGUGUGCUCAAUGUGUGAUAUCUUUUGUCAUAGACCAGAUAUAUGAUGCUGAUUAUUCCCUAACACCAUCUCCUGACUGGGCCAUAUCUCCUCAGUUGGACGUAUCCCCUGACUGGGACAUAUCUUGUGACUUGAAAAUAGGUAAUUAUUCCACACUUUAAAAAAAUAAUUGUUUGAUAUUUUUGUCUGUUGUGCUGUCUGACUGUGUAGAGCCCUGCUUGAUUAAAUGCCCUAAUUGACUGAAUGUGUUUGUGUAUAUGUCUGUAUGUGUGUAUGUGUGUGUUUUUUGUGUGUGUUUUUGUGUCUGUGUUUGUCUGUGUUUGUCUACAAGUGCAAUGCAAAAUCAAAAAAAUCUGCAGUGAUUGAAUCCAGACCAAUUUCGAAUUUCCGAUUCAUUCUGUGAUGAGUUUUACAACUGCUCCUGUCUCUCACCCACGUUAAAAAGAGAUGGAGAGGGGAGGAGUAGGAAUCAAUGACAUAGGCCUGAAGUGACUAUCUUUCCCCUACAUCAUAGCUGCACUUUUUGAACAUCAGUUUAGGUGUGCUCAAUGUGUGAUCACUUUUGUAAUGGCUUAAAUAUUGAUGCUGAUGAUGAUGAUUAUGGCAUACUAUGGUUGAUGGGUAAUUCUUCCACAUAAAAAGAAAAUAUUUUUUGUCUGUUUGUGCUGUCUGACUGUGUGUAGAACCCUGCCUGUUUAAAUGCCCUCACUGACUAACUGGUUGUCUGUACAGUGUGUGUGUGUGUGUGUGUCUGUCUGUGUGUCUGUGUCUGUGUGUAAGAUUAUUUGUGAAAAUGUUUCAGCUUCAAGGCAUAUUGAGAAAAUUGAUGUUAAAUCUACUAUCUACUCAUUUCAAACUACAGGUAGAGGUAGAAGUACAACUACAACUGGUAUUGUAAUAACUAUGUCGUUCCCAAAAAAAUUUUGGGUGUCUGAUUACAGUUUUUCUCAAUCGCGUACAAGCACAAUGUUGUCAGAAGACACAGAGGUCUGUGGAAAAACACUAAAUACAUUUUCAAAAUGGAGUUGGCUUCCGGAAAAAGCUAAUAAUUUCCUCAAAUCUAUAUAAUACUCUCAGAAUUGCUAAUGCACUAAUCAUAAGAACACGACUCCCUGCAAAAAGAUAACACAACCAUACAUACCUCUUAAAUCAAGUUUACAAAACAAAAAGUUAGUCUGUCUUUUAAAAAAGCCCAUUUAAUCAAUAGAUUUUUUUUGCAGUCACUAAAUCAUGAUGAUCAAAAUUCCAAAUACAACUAUUAAAAGGUGCAGAAUUAUGGGAAAUGAAUUACUCUCCUUUAUGCAUAUAUCACUAAACAAUUUCAUUUACAUCAAAUUAAAUAUUGUUCUUGAUAAAAAAUGAACAGAAAAUAAGCACACUUUGUUCAGGAUUCAUUCAUUGGUCCAAUUCCAUUAAUGCUGCACACAAUGUGUAGGAUUCAUGGAAUUGUAUUGUGAUCAUACCGAUGAAUGAAUCAUACACAUUGAGGUCUGCUGACAAGUGUGUAGACUUUUCAUCACAAAGCAGAAAAACAAUCCCCAAUAGAAUAAGGACAGAGGAAUACAGUGGAGGGACUGCUGAAAUGAAUAGAUAUGCCUCAAUCCUCACCAAAGCAAACGUCUGUAAUAGGUCACAAUGUUGGAGAUGAUGAGUUAAGACUAACCCAAAGUUACUUUGAAGUAAAACAAUUUCAUUAUUUGCGUCUCUGCAUGUCAGCAAUGAUGUGAGAAAUCAUACAUAUUAGACAGUUCCUAUUGCCUAUAUCUUUCCCUAUAUUGUACCUGGUUUAACACUGAAAGAGCCAUUUACAAUUUUAUGAUUGCCGGAAACGGUGAACACAUUUCAGUGAACAGAUUUGCCACCCUUUUUCUUCUAAGGAAAACGAUUUGUAAAUGUUUUAUUUUGUGAACAAAACACUUUACAGUGAGUUUUGCAUCCAUUGAUUGUAUUUAAAGUUUAGCAAAAUGGGGUCUAAGAUACAGUUGAAGUCGGAAGUUUACAUACACUUAGGUUGGAGUCAUUAAAACUUGUUUUUCAACCACUCCACAAAUUUCUUGUUAACAAACUAUCGUUUUGGCAAGUCAGUUAGGACAUCUUCUUUGUGCAUGACACAAAUAAUUUUUCCAACAAUUGUUUACAGACAGAUUAUUUCACUUAUAAUUCACUGUAUCACAAUUCCAGUGGGUCAGAAGUGUACAUACACUAAGUUGACUGUGCCUUUAAACAGCUUUGAAAAUUCUAGAAAAUGAUGUCAUUGCUUUAGAAGGUUCUGAUAGGCUAAUUGACAUCAUCUGAGUCAAUUGGAGGUGUACCUGUGGAUGUAUUUCAAGGCCUACCUUCAAAGUCAGGGCCUCUUUGCUUGACAUCAUGGGAAAAUCAAAAGAAAUCAGCCAAGACCUCAGAAAAAGAAUUGUAGACCUCCACAAGUCUGGUUCAUCCUUGGGAGCAAUUUCCAAAUGCCUGAAGGUACCACGUUCAUCUGUACAAACAAUAGUACGCAAGUAUAAACACCAUGGGACCAUGCAGCCGUCAUACCACUCAGGAAGGAGACGGGUUCUGUCUCCUAGAGAUGAACGUACUUUGGUGCAAAAAGUGCAAAGGACCUUGUGAAGAUACUGGAGGAAACAGGUAAAAAAGUAUCUAUAUCCACAGUAAAACGAGUCCUAUAUCGACAUAACCUGAAAGGCCGCUCAGCAAGGAAGAAGCCACUGCUCCAAAACCGCCAUAAAAAAGCCAGAUUACGGUUUGCAACUGCACAUGGGGACAAAAAUCUUACUUUUUGGAGAAAUGUCCUCUGGUCUGAUGAAACAAAAACUGUUUGGCAAUAAUGAUCAUCGUUAUGUUUGGAGGAAAAAGAAGGUGGCUUGCAAGCAGAAGAACAACAUCCCAACCGUGAAGCACGGGGGUGGCAGCAUCAUGCUGUGGGGGUGCUUUGCUGCAGGAGGGACUGGUGCACUUCACAAAAUAGAUGGCAUCAUGAGGAAGGAAAAUUAUGUGGAUAUAUUGAAGCAACAUCUCAAGACAUCAGUCAGGACGUUAAGGCUUGGUCGCAAAUGGGUCUUCCAAAUGAACAAUGACCCCAAGCAUACUUCCAAAGUUGUGGCAAAAUGGCUUAAGGACAACAAAGUCAAGGUAUUGGAGUGGCCAUCAAAAAGCCAUGACCUCAAUCAUAUAGAACAUUUGUGGGCAGAACUGAAAAAGCGUGUGCGAGCAAGGAGGCCUACAAACCUGACUCAGUUACACCAGCUCUGUCAGGAGGAAUGGGCCAAAAUUCACCCAACUUAUUGUGGGAAGCUUGUGGAAGGCUACCCGAAACAUUUGACCCAAGUUAAACAAUUUAAAGGCAAUGCUACCAAAUACUAAUUGAGUGUAUGUAAACUUCUGACCCACUGGGAAUGUGAUGAAAUAAAUAAAAGGUGAAAUAAAUAAUUCUCUCUACAAUUAUUCUGACAUUUCACAUUCUUAAAAUAAAGUGGUGAUCCUAACUGACCGAAGACAGGGAAUUUUUACAAGGAUAAAUUUCAGGAAUUGUGAAAAACUGAGUUUAAAUGUAUUUGGCUAAGGUGUAUGUAAACUUCUGACUUCAACUGUAUACAAUCCACGCACCAAGGCAAGAAAAUUAUCAGACGUUCAGAAAAUGUAUUUGAGAAUUUCAACAUUGUUGUUCUGCUACAUUUGACCACAGUUCCAUAAAACACUUGCACACAAUUGCGAAAAAUUGUAAGGUGUUCUCGGUGAUUAUCGCUGUUUUCUCACAAACUCCUUACCCUCUCUCUCUUUCCUCUGUCUCUCUCUCUCUCUCUCUCUGUCUCUGUCUCUCUCUCUCUAUCCUUCCUCUCUCUCUCAUUCGAUUCCUCGAAUACUACUCCCCGCUCUUUCGGGGGACAGAGCGCGAAGGGCCGCGAGCGGCAGAGCAAGGCGCGGAAGAGGCGCGGCGGCGGAAGGAGCGAGAGAGAGAGCGCGAGGGAAGAGAAAGAAGGAGCGCGGAAGAGCGAGCGAGAGCGAAAAGGCGCGAGAGGCGAGCGAGGCGCGAGAGCGAGAGGAAGGACGCAAGAGAGCGGAAGCCAGAGUGAGGGCAAGAGAGGACGAGAGAGCGAGAGCGAGAUAAGGAGAGAGAGCAGAUGAGAGACGAGAGAGCGAGGGGGAUGAAACGAGGAGAGAGGGAGAGCGUGAGAGCGAUAAGAGCGAGAGAUCGUCUCGGGAAGAAGACUAGCAGAGAGCACGAGUCGCUAAUUCUCUGCCUCUGUAACACCUAUCUCUCUCUCUCUCUCUCUCUCUCUCUCUCUCUUCUCUCUCUCUCUCUCUAUCUCUCUAUCUCUCUCUCUCUUCUCUCUCUCUCUAUCAGUGAGUCCUCCCCUGAGGUUUCCUGUUGCCAGCUGAGGGUCAGGGCCUGCCCACUGUGCUAUGACAUCCCUGUGGCUCUCUCGCUCAGACUCCUAAAGGACCCCAACAAUGGUGACUUGACCUGAGAAAUCAAUUCACAUUUUCUUCAAUGCCUUCAUAAAUUAAUUAAUUAAUUAAUUAAUUCAUAUAUUUAUUCAUUCAGUUCUUGACUUGUUCACAUUAUCCACUCAUUCCUCAAACAUAGUUGAAAUAAUGAAUGAAUGGUGCUCAUGUUUCACCAGAGUUGUCUAUAAACGGUCAGCUUGGACAAUCAGCUAGCACAGGCUACCAGAAGAUUGUGAUCCAUUACAAAAGUGAUCAACAUAUUGAGUUAGACACCACUGUCAUCACCUUCAAGGAUGGACAGAAUGCAACAUAUUUCUCCUGGAGCCUGAAAAUCAACCACAAAACAGACAGGUGCUGAAUCAUAGACCAACUACAGACUUUCUGAUAAAAAUCAUUUUGUGCUAUUGUUUUGUUUCUGGGAUUAGAUUUCUGCUUUAGCUGUUUGUGCAUUGCAAGGUGUUUUAAUUAUAGCCUGGUUAAACCAAGGAAGUGAGACAAUAGUGAGUGCAGUGUUCAGUCUGGUUUAGGUCUCAGGUAUUUAAUGUUGGGAACACAAGUAUUGUAUGGAGACGUAAAUACUGUACCUCAGUGUAUAUUACUUAAAUUGCCUAUCUACAUUUAUAAAUCUGGUCAAAAUAGAUCUGUCCUCUUUUUUGGUCCUAUUUUUUGUCGAUUGAAUUGAUCAAUCUGAGCCAUGUUAUGUCACUGCCUGCAGUGUGUCUCUGAUCUUACGGGACAAGGAGAUGGACAUCACCAUAGGGUCAAUACGGGUCAUCAUCAUGCUCUACGAGGGGAAUGGAAUCAAGUUCCUGUGGCCCGUCCUGAGGCAGCGCCCGGCAGGAGACAACAUUGUGGGUAUCAUGGGUAAGUGAAACAUUAUCAGUAACACUCCACUUCAUAUCCCUAUGUUGUAGUCAUGAUAUCUUCUCAUUUGACUGGAGCUCGCUAGACAUAGAGUUUGCUGCCAUUGUAACGGGUUUAAGUCCAGGUAUCUCAUAGUGACAGUCUUUGUACUGUGUGUUACAGCCCGUCCACCUGUUGCUUAUGAGGAGGUCCAGGGAACAACAAUGAAACUUAAGAUAAAGGACAAAGAAAUAGACGUCUCCAGGUAAGUACAACUGUCUAUCAGACAGAAACUUCAUUUAUAGUGAUUAGACUGUUUGUAGGUUGUGUGUGUUAUUACUGUGCAUCUAUAUGAAAGAUGUGUAUUUAGUGUAUUUGAGCUUCUAUUUAGGUGAUUAUGAUUGAUCAACAUGGUCUCAGGAAAUUCGUAUUAUUCUGUACCUAAAUCGGUGAAACUCCAUUUAGUAUGAUGUACAGUAUUACGUUAGGCUACAUUAUGAAUGGAAUAGUGGUCAUACAAUAUCAUACGAUUUAUAGGACGUAUAGUAUCAUACGUCUUAACCGGUCGUACAAUAGCAUAAAUCUUGGAGGAUGUAUGGUAAUAUUGUCUUUCUGUGGUUGUUGUGCCGUAACGACAAAGGAGAAUUAUGGGGAGAAUUUAUGUUGGGAAAUUAUGGGAACUAACGACAAACGUUAGGAUAAUUUACGUAAAAGGUUAGGAGAACUAAAACGACAAAGGUUAGUGGAAUAUUCGUGGCAGGUUAGGUGAUUUUAGUAAAGUUUAGAAUAACAGUUUGGGCAAGGGUGGGGCUAACUCCAACAAGCAACCUUUGGAAUGCUAGACCAGUGGUUCCCAAACUGUUGGUUUGAGACCCACUUGUGGGUCUCAGCAGGGGUGCAGGUGGGUCACGGGAUGACAUUUGUGGUGCAUUGCAAAAACAUAAAAAAAUAAAUAAAUACAUUUACGAGAUGGAAGAACGCUUUCAGUGUAAACCUAAAAGACUAAAACCCAAAUUGAAAGUAUUUAGAAAAGAUAAUGGACCUAUAUAUUUUUAAAUAAUAGCCUAUUAUCUUUGGGAACUUACAAUCCCCAAAAUAAAAGCUAGACAAUCAGGCCCCCAUUGAUUUUAUUAUAAUGUUUGAGCAAAAGAACACAGCAUUAGCCAUGUCAACAUGUGUAGAAUUGCAGGAAAUCAUCUUAAAAAUAGCAAAAUGUUGUCUCAUCUCCAUGGCAGAAUGUAUAGAAUUGCAGGAAAAUUACUUUAAAACUGCAACAGUAUCUUUCACCAUGGCAAAAUUUGUAGAAUUGCAGGAAAUUAGCUUUAAAACUGAUUUUUUUUUAAAAUCCGCUGCCAAGAUGAGGGCCUCAAAUUUUCUUGCCCAGGGCCCAGACAGAAUUCAGCGCCGCAGAUGACCAACCACGCCAAUUGCCACGUCGCCUGCCACGCCCACCACCUAAGCCCCUUUUUGAUACAGAGAAAACCCUGCAUUGUAACAAAUAAUUUCAUAACUAUACGGUACAUUUCUUUAAAUUGGUCCCAUACUCAAAUCUACAUUUGGUCCCAUGUACAACCCCAGUGCUACUGUAGACGGUCGCGGAUUAGGCCCACCCCCGAUCAACCUUCUUAUUUUAGUUUCUGUCUAAAGUCACUAGACCAUUGGUAGGCAUCAUACGUCUUGGAGGUGCUCAGAAAUACGUAAAGCAUGUUUCGUAUGGCUCUGAGGCCAGGCUUGUUUGAGUGUAUGGUUCUGUGUAGCAUCCACUGGAGUGUUCUGUACAUGCUAUUAUAUUAAGAAUGUUGUUGCGGAUUGUGUGUGUGUUGUAGGGACUCUGCUGUGGAUCUCAGUGUUCGCUCUGCCCCCACCGUGGCAUGCUGGUUGCUGCCUCUUCAGUCUGCCCUACAGGGGGAGCUAGCUGACUUCACCGUCACACAACUCUAACUGAACACUAUACAUACAGUAAUUAUGUUCUAGAAUUAGGAAGAGCAACAAUAAAGACUGAGGUUUCUUUAUAGAGUUCUAUGAGUUCACAUAAUAACACAGCUAAAAUAUUUUGUGACAAAUUCGUUGUUGAAUAAAUAUCAUUUUAUGUUUGACGGCUUCUUUGUUGCAUUCCACCGUCAUCAAUAAAUGCUGUCUUUCUGACGAAACUCAA